AGAGGAGGAAUCAGGCACCAAAGAAGAAGAACUGAAGAUGCCAUGUGAAUUAUCAGUUUGUUUCGCAGGUUUCAACAUAAAGGCCUUUGUGCACCAGCUGCAGGUUCGACCCCUUCCUUGACCCUUUGCUGGAAGUUUUACACCACUCUCUACUGAUAGACAGGUAAAUGAAUCUGCAUGAUAUUGCAAAAAAAAUCGUGCACUGAAGGAUUUGAUCUGAUUGACAUUUUCGAUGGUGAAACAUGAACAAAUUGAGGUUAUAUUGUUCACUGCAACAGCUUUGUGAACACAGACUGUGUUACUGCAGAGGCCCUCAUGUAGAUACAAAAGCAUUUCAUUUUAAGCAUAAAUCAAUGUUUUAUAUUCAGACCACAAUCUAAAUAAUACUAACAGAUGUUUUUUUCAACUACCCUGUUCUGCCAAAUGUCAAUAAAUUCCAUAUGUUGUCCCUUUAAAUUGAAAUAAAUAAAUCAUAAUGUUUUCCUCUGUGACUUUAAAAAAGAUGCAGCUCAAAUUUAUCUUUCUUUAAUUUGCAUUUUGGAAACAGAAGUUGGCAGCAUGGUUUCAGUCUGCAUACAUUAGCUCAGUCUAGUCCUGGUCCAAGCAAUAGAGGCUGUUUCUAAAAAUACUUGAUUCUAUUUCACUAUAACGUUUACCAAAUUACUACAGCUGCAACUGCACCAUAUAUCACACCAAUUCUACGUAUAUAACAAAUAUUAUAAAUAGGGGAGACUGGGGUAAGAUGAUCCAUUUUUCAUAUUUCUGAUCACUACAUCAAGGCAGUAAUAGUUUUGUCUCCAACUAGUGUAUCUGCAUAUAUUUCAAUAUGUUGUGCAUCCCUGUAAACCAACAGAAUGAGUGUAAACAGAACUGUCUUGAUAAUAUAGCAUGCUAAAAAAAAGUUUUUUUGUGUUUUUUUAUUGCUGACACCUAAACCUAAAUUUAUUAUUGAUUCAGACUGAAUUUCAAAAAGGUCAAAAACAGGAAAAUACAAAAAACAAACAAAAAAACUUCUUUUUUUUAUUGUUAACAGUAAAACCCUAAAUUUAUUAUUGAUUCAGACUGAAUUUUUAAAAUGCCAUAAACAGGAAAAAACAAAAAAAACAAACUUUUUUUUUUUUUUUUUUUUGCUGAUAUCUAAACCCUAAAUUUAUGAUUGAUUCAGAGACUCAGACUAAAUAAUAAUAAAGGUCCCUUUUUUUUUUUUUUAACUCUGUGCUUGACCCCAAUAUCCAUCCGCACCUGAUGGCUAAAAUAAAAUAAUACUUGAUAUAAUGUUUGGCAAAAAACAAAAACACCUAAUUCUGAUCUCCCUCCCCUCCUUGAGCAAAACAAAGCCCACACACACCGUGUUGUUUUCGUCCGUCCACCAGUGACUCCAGAGUGGCAGGUUUGUCCUCCAGUGUCACGUGGUCAUGCUGAGCAUCCUUUGCAGAUCCAGCAGGCUGCGUGGCGUGUCUUCACUAGGUUACGGUAUGGACCAUUACGCUGCUGCUGCUGCUGCCGCUGCUGCUGCUGUCUGUGGUCGCUGCAUCUCUCGCUUGUAGUUUUUUCUUCCUGCUGGACUGCUCUCUGAAAACACAGGUAAGUGUCGAUGCUACAGCGUUGAUCAAAGUCUGCAAAAAUCGAAAGAUGCUGAGUCGCUGUCUGUGUGUUUUUUGCUAUUCAACAAAGACGUGCAUGAGCGUGGGGAAAGGGGAUGACACGCUAACGUUGUAGUGUUGGAGAUUUUCUGCACAAACUGAGCAAAUCCACGCUGACGGGGACGUCCUUGCAGGUAGAGAGGAAGAGACGUCUUCAUCGAGUCCAGGUAGAGCUGCUCCACUCUGGAGGCGGUGGCUUAUCGUUAAACUGGGAUCAUGCUGUUAUAAUCGAGGGUGUUUCUUUCCGCCCGUGCGUGGAAAAUUUGCAUUACCUUGUCGCUCUGCAAAGAUUUGGAGAUUUGCAGGUCAUGUUUGAGUCUGAGACUGAAGUUCAAACAGAAGCAGGGGGUUGAUAGGUCACAUAGUAAUGACUCAGCAACAAUGGUCUGAUGAUGGGAGCAGACUAAUGCUGCUGCUGCUGCCUCACAUCUUUUUAUACACAAAUUAGAGCUGGAGCAGCUGCCUGGUUGGUUCUUGUGGACAGUAGAGGGUUUUGGUAACAGGACUCCUUCCAUCUUCAGUGUUUUAUAAACAAGGAAUUUUAGAAUUGAGUGCAAAUAUUGAUUAUUGUACCACUCAAGUCUGAGCAGGAGAAGGAGGAGGAGGAGGCAGGAAGCAAAAGAUGUCAGCUACAGCAUGUUCUUGAAUAAAAUAUAUAUAAUAUAUGGACACACAUGUGCAUUUAUGUAGUUUUAACACUGUCCCUACUGUCUAACCAGGCAAAGAUGCAUUUCUCCUGCUUAGAUUAGGGGAGACCAGGGCUUGUUGUCACAUUUUUUACACUCUUACAUAGAGCUGCAGCUAUCAAUAUUUUAGUAAUCGAGUAUUCUACCGAAUAUUCUAUCGAUGACUCGAGUCCCAAACGGCAGACUCACAUAAAGUUAGAUUUCCUAUAGCCCUGCAAUGAAGGCCAGACUCUGAGAAAUAGAGGACAACCGCGGAACAAGCAUGUGCGUUAGCGGAUUGCAAUGCUCGUAAGAAAGCUAAUUAUGAUAUUUACUUUAAUCAUGCCCCUUAAGACAUUAGUGUCCGAGAACUGAAUAGCUCCGAUGUUACCUGCUUCUGCUACGACACCAGCAAUUUUAGGCUACAAGCUAGUGUGAAGAGAAGUGUGCAGAGUCGCUAGGUUGGCAACCCUGCAAGAAAAGCCCCUCUCAUCAUUUAUUUUUUCCACUCCGCAAAACCUAAACAGAAUUUACUCCUCCUUCUACCGUGGUGCGCAUUGUAUCACCUUCAAAAGAAUCUGUGCGAAACAGUGACGACUUGCGCUUAGAAACGAGUACCCUAGGCAGAGAAAAUUUCUCAUUAUUUGUAAUCGAUCAUUAUUUGUAAUCAAGGUACUCAAGGAAUCAUUUCAGCCUUACUGUUAUAUAUUACUUGGAAUCAGUGCAUCAUAUAUAAACAAAAUGUGAACCAGAUGAAAGACCAAAGUCUCAGGUUUAUAUUUUGUAUUCAUGUUAUUUUCAUAUCUUGUGUCAGUGCAGAGUUAUAAACAAUCAAAUAGAGAGUGUGAACAUGUGACAUUUUGCCUCACCAUUGGGUUAGUUGUCUGACUACAUGGGGUAAGAUGUCACCGUGGAUUUUGCAGCUAAUAAAACAAGGACAAAAUUAAUUUCGCUCUAGUUUUUAACAUGAAAGUGAACAUCAAAGUCAGGCACAGAAAAUGAGGUAUGGUAGUUGACAUUAAAGUCCUUUAUUGUCCUCCAGAUUGAUUUAUUAGCGAGGGUCACCUUCCUGACUGCCCUCAGCAUCAUGUCAUGUGACAACAAACCCCGGUCUCCCCUACAUGUCUAAGUUCAAAAUGAAAAUGGAAAAGAAGAAAAGGACCUCAGGAAGAGUAGUUACUGCAUAUUUUGUUGUAACUAAUGGUGGAUCCAAAAUAAAACUAGACAAAAACAAAAGUUAAGAGCCAUGCUAGCAGCUCUCCUUAAAGCUUUAAUUCAGUGUUAGCGUGCUAAUGUGCUCUCAGUUUUGAUGCUAACAUGCUGAGCUUUACUCUGUGAAAUUGUUAGCUUAGUUCACUCAUAAACUAAAGUUACAGUCAACUCUCUUAAUCAUGACUCCAUCAAGUCAGCUUUCAAAAACGACUAAACAUCCCCACUCUGAAGCCCCUAGUCCUAGCCUUAAUUUCAGACCAUUGUUAGCUAGCUCAACACUAGCUUAGGUGACUGCGGGCUGCAGUCCUUUAAAAAAAGGCUGUAGUUCUCGAACAUUUGCAUAUAGUAGCUCACUUAAAACUUAUCACAUAGACUGCUAAGAACACACUUUGUUUAAAUUUGGUUAUUUUUUACAGUUAAAUGUCUUUUUUUUUUUAAAUAGAGAUUGUUUUCUUUCCUUGGCUAGCAUGCUAACACUAGCUAAUCCACCAAAGCACAGUAGUUUAAAGGUUUCUAGACCAAAACAUUAUUUUAUUUACUAUUUUUGAGUUUAAAACAAAAUAGCUUCUAUGUUGAGGUGAUUAUACUCUUAAUUUAACAGAGGCUACUUAUUUUACAGUGCAGUAUAAAUAGAAGACACGACAUGUUGUUACGCCGAAGUGACAGAACAUUAGCAGAAAAAGUUUUAUUGUCACUGAAUUUCAUGUUGUAAGGCCUUAACUACUUUUUAAUGAAAUGUUUUGAUCGUUUUGAUUUUCUCCCGGUGAUUAUUUUUGCUAUAAUUGGUGCUUUUCUGUCAGUAUAAAACAUGUACUCUCUUGCUUUGGCCUUUCGUCACUGUUGCACUUCUUUCCAGUAUCACAGCGUUGAAGUGUGACGCCUUUGUUGAACUGUCAGCCACCUUGUCUCCGAGUUUGCUGCCCACUUGUCUCUAAAUAUAGAGCCAUACAUGAAGAAAAAGCUUGUGGCUGUGUCCAAAGUUGCUCUGUGAGGCCUAGAGUUCAGGGAAUUGUGGGAAAUAGAAGGACCUGCAUAUAUCGCCUAUUCUCGGUUGGACUUUCUGGCCAACACAGGAGCUGAAUACAAUGACUGCAGUCUGUUUUUCAGAUUACUGCCUGCACAGAUGAUUUUCUGGCAGCGCUGCCUGUUAAUAGAAACGCAGUGCAUCUGCAAUAACAGUGCACAAUGCAAGCUCACAUUAAGUGCUGAAUACGUUGGCUUUACAGACUUUAUGUGUGGUUUAACAGGUUGAGUGUGAUUUUCACUGGCUUGUGAUCGUCGCUCUCCCUCUGCACUGAACAUGAAGUUGUGUUCAUGUUGUCAGUAUGAACUGUGAAACUCCGCAAGAUGUCACCGCACCGAUGCCAGCAAUUUUCGUUCAGCGUUUAUACUCUCUGGUGUGCUCAGCGCUAUAGUGGCGACAAGAUGCAGAGAAACGCAGGUUUUUACUCGGUCAUGGGGGAGCAUUUUCUAGUUAGGUCUGACACCAACCCCCUGACAGCAUCACACUGCUUUUACACUGUUUGGGAGUCCCAUCUGAAGGGGACAGGGCAGGUAUAAAUUGCCUUAUUUGUACAGUGCUGCACUGAGGCCCAGUGCCAUUAGGUAAAAUGAUCCACUGUGGUUAAUCUCUGAUAUGAUGCUGUGCAGCAAAUGCAGUCAGCUGAGAUACAACCCAACAAACAAUGUGACGCAUGCACAACAAACUGCUGCGUCUUAGAGUACCUGGAACUUUUAUUAUAUGGUUAUUGAUAUAAUUAAAAGUACAAUUUAGCAAUAUGAGCAGUCACCACAUCUGAAAUACCGGCUCAUCGCUUAAUUCCACUAGAUCCAUGUUCGGUCUGGGCAGAUACAGUCAGACACAGAAACGCCAUCACAACAUCUGAGUCAAUUUACAAAACAAAACACCCCAUGUCCACGCCAGAUUGUAUUUCACAUCACUACACCAACAAACUAUCAGAGUGAGUGGAGUCAGGCCUGGAGUCAACAAGUUAGAGCUCAUCGUCAUACAGUGCGUUUACAUGCACAGCUUAAUCAGACUAAGCUCAUAAUCUGUUUUUUUCACCGAAUCGGAUGUCCCUCCUUGUCCGUGUAUACAUGCAACUGAGAAAAUGGAAUUAUUGACAUGAACGUGUCCUCCUCCCCAAAACCAGGGGGCAAUAUUGGUCUUUACAGCGGCGCUGUUUCCGAACAUUUUUAAAGAUGUCUCUAUUCCUCGUUUUGCGACCGUUCAUAUACUUUAAAAUGUCCAUUUCUGUCAGGACGGAAAACAUAACGGCACUCUCUUUGUCAUCCCAAAAGUGGACAUUCUUUCGUGCUUCAGCCAUGUUGCAGUUGCUUCUGAGUCGGAAGUUCUUUAAAUGAUAGUGCCACAUCUUCUCUGGUGGAAAAUUGGAUUCCAGUUGCAUUAUCUGGGUGUCUUAAUCGCAGUUCUCCGACUCCAAUCGGAGUUCUCAAACUCCGGUUAUAGUAGGACUAAGAUGUUUACAUGCACUUCAGUUGUCCGGUUUUAAUCGGAGUAAGGCAAUAAUUUGGUUUUCUCGAGUGUCAUGUAAACGUACUGAGUGAUGUAAAAAAAAUCCUGAUUCUGCCUUUAACUUGGGUGAUCUUUGGUCUCGGUCCUCCAGCUGUCCAGUAGUGCUGCUCUAAGCUCUGAAAACGCAGCUGGUGGGUGUUGACAGACAAGUGGGCGGAGAUGGAUCAAACACGGAUCAGGUGGAAGACCGGUGUUAGCCUAAGUUUAGGGCAACCACCUCGACAUUGGCAGAGAGGCGGAGCUUGGGUGGUUGGUUCACUGCAAACGGCUUCAACAUAUUCGCCUGUUGGUCGUAUCAGCCGUGUCUCUAAUUAUGCAAAUCUAGUUUCCACUGAGUUUGAACGAGGACAACACUUUUAAAUCAUACAUGUAGAAAAAAAAAACACCUGCCUGAGUCUGACUGACAGAAUUUUUAUUACUCGCCGAAAGGUCACUCAGUCAUCCGAUCUGAUGUGCUCUUUGCUAUUGCUCAUUUGCACUUAUAUUUAAGGUGAAGUAAUUUGAGAUCAACAAUUAGCUGAAAUGCCCACAGCAGAGCGAGUACUAUCUGAAGCGGGAAGUAUUAUUUAUUGGCGGUUAAAAUCAGGUAUCAGGUGAUAAGUGUCUAAUGAAAUAUGAAGUGGGUCAUUUUCAGGGGUCGACCUCAUCGUUUGUAUUGUAGCCCUGUCAUCCACCUGAGCUUCUGUUUCCUUUUUUUGUGUCUGUCGGCAUUCCUCAGCUGCUCCGCCUCCCCCCCCUCACCACCACUAUACUAUCAGUGUCUGUCACUCGUGUUUGUCAGCGUCCUCUUCACACAUUCAAAGGGCGAGCCAUUCAGGGGCUCUCUGAUUACACAGCCGCUAUGACGGGGGGGUGGGUCACUUGAUAUUGCUGUAGUGGAGAGUUAGUCGCUGGUGUUGGUGGGCCGGACAGGAGCUGGGUCAGCUUCGGCCAAGGUGACUACUCACUCUGCUGGUGGCCAAUCAGGAUGACACACCGGUCCUUCAGACACAAUAGAAGGUAGGACGCACUAAGAGGGGACUUCAUUUAUUAUGAGUGCCAUAUUUUAACCACGCUAAUACUGCUGGUGGCAUUGAAAAGGUGGCGGCUAGAUGGAGUUAAUGUGAAUGAGUUAGUUUAUGGCUGUGCAGGGUUAAGCACAGGAGCAGGCUCUUUGUCAGGCUGUCAGUGUAGUUCAUCCGCCCUGUGAUAUUAUUAAUAGAGCGGGUAAUGUAAUAGCCUGCAAAAGCAUUAAAUCACGUUUGCAUGCUUGAUGCGCUAAUCAUGUAGAUUCAGACACGAGCAGCAUCGAAUACUAAAAAAAUAAUGCACAAAAAAUGGAUUUGAAGGGAUAUUCCGGUGUAAAAUUAAUUUAGGGUCAAAUGAGUUAGACACCCCCCUCGAGAGAUAAAUGUUGCCGACUGCUUGCUUCUCUAGUUAUGCCAACUCUAGUAACAACCGCACGAUAGCAAUACAGAGAGCAAUGCGCUCAACCAAAACGCCACUCUAUAGCCACAAAUAAUGCUCAGAACAGCACCUAACUUCAUCAACAGGACAUAUAGGGUCACACCCAUAGUACUAGACACCAAACAUCUUUGUAACUUUGACUCAUUUCUUUAACAAAGAGACUAAACACAACUCACCUACUCUCUUCCAGCAGCCGCUUGUUUCUAGCAAGAACUUGAGCCAAUCCUGAGGGACUGCAGCGGGGUGACGCAGCUCAAGGAAGAACAUUUAUCAUUUCUUCAUGGAUAUGCAAUCGGACCGAGAUGCUAAGGCAGAAGAGCAACCGUGUCCACUGUGCAAAAUGAUUAAAAAGGUGAUUAUUACUUCAAGGAAAUGAUAAAGAAAUGAUCGUAAAUGUUCUUCCUUGAGCUGCGUCACCCCACUGUAGUCUGUAAUGGACUGGCCCAAGGUCUCGCUACAAACAAGUGGCUGCUGGAAGAGAGUAGGUGAGUUGUGUUUAGUCACUUUGCUAAAGAAAUUAGGCAAAGUUAAGUAAGAUGAAGUUAGGUGCUGUUCUGAGCAUUAUUUGUGGCUAUAGAGUGGUGUUUUGGUUGAGGUUUGUUUAUGGCUCCUCAGACUGCUGUGUAUUGCUAUCGUGCGGUCAUUACUAAUGUUGGUAUAACUUGAGAAGCAAGCGGUCGGCAACAUUCAUCUCUCAAGGGGGUGUCGAACUCUGUGUUACGGUGUGUCUGACCCUAACCUAAUAUUACGCCAGAAUACCCCUUUAAGUUUUAAAAAGACGAAGAAGUAAAGUCCUGCUUUUGUGGAAGAUAACUAUAAGAAAGCUCCACAAAUGAAGAUGCAAUCCUGCGAUUAUUAAAUUUCCACUUUAGGAUGCAUCGUGGUGUAGUAAUGCCACAUUGUGCGCAUAAGCUCUCCAGAGAUUUCCCCGGCUCUUCCGCGCACUCAGCUCAACAACCUACUUUUAUUUGUGCAGCGUCUUGUGCAUAAUGUGUGCCAUGAGCCAGCUGUAACUGUCUCACAGGGAGGAAAAUGAGUCAGCGGAAUCAAACCCAGGCAAAUGUAGGGCGUCUUAUUGUGGCGGUGGGAAAAAGAAAGCCGCCACAAACACAGCCAGUCCCUCAGGAUUUAUCAGCUUUAUUCCAUCAAGUACAGAAUCCAAUAUUCUCAUAAUGUGGGCUCAACUCAGUCCCAUAUUUUCUCUUGUCUUGUCAUUGCAUGCGCUGGUCUUUAUCAGCCUCUUGAAAGCUUUCCAAAACCCUGAAUCUUAUGUGCUUUGACAUCUGUAUACUCAGCUUCAAUAUGAAACCACAAUUAAGAGAAUAACACCAAAACACUCGAAUAUAAUGAAAGAUAAGUGCCUGAUCUUCAGAGAGAGGUUCAAGUGAGCUGUAUUUCCAUUUCAGUCACUUCUUACAAAUCCUUCAGACUCUCACUGAGUCACAGGAACUUUAAACCACAUUUGUCUGGCUCGCCUUCUCCCACGCUGCCCCCCAAAAAUAAUUACAGAUCAACAAUCGCUGGCAUGUUUACGUGGAUCCGAGGCACCUGUUUUCCUCCACGCUAAAACCAAAAUAUUCAGCUGUGUCUAUUUUGGCACCAUCAGGAUGAUUAAGCGGUCCCAAGGUGCCUUCUCUUGUUCUCUUGUUUGUUUAUGUGAGAGUAUGUGUCACACUGGUUUUGAAACAGGACUAAUAAGUGUGGAUUAAGCAGAGUUAAGUGACGGGUUUAGCAGGAUUUGUUACUGGGAAACAAUAAGAUUUCUAUCUUUAUCUUCAGGGAAACUCCAGUUACAUGAUCAGCCCUUCUGGAGAAAGUUAGCCGCUUUCACUUUAAUUGUUUUACAGUGACUAUCUAAGGCUCGAGGGAAGUUUACUCACAAGAGACAUUACAAAAAAACAAUAUCUCACAGAUUUCUGUUUGGUGAUGAAGGUUUUCAGUUAAGUAGAAGAAGUCAAAAAGGAGCUGCUUUGUUGAGCUUGUUUUCCUCCUCAUUCAAGUCCUUUUUAAUGUAAAUAUGUUAAGUUAAAAUAUCAUAAUCAGAACUGUUGAUAAAAGGUGUAGGAUUAAAUAAGUCUAAACUUCUUCCAAUCCCUUUUCGAACAUGUAGAUCGGCUGCACAUGCAGGUUGUUGCCAGCCAUCUUUGUUUUCUAUUACUUAUGGUACGCAUGUGUUUGUGUUUGGUUACCACCUAUAUUCAUGUUUGAAAUAAAGCAUUCAUUCAUUCAUUUAUAAUCAUAGUUCUGUUUGCAGUAAAGCAAACACAUUUUUAACAUCAAUUUGUAGAAAGACCUCUGACUGUAUUGUACCUUUCAUUGUAUUGUACAGCCCUCUGUAUGUUUGCCAUCACAUUGCAUCAUAUGCUUCCUAUAUUAUCAAAAUGCAUGACAUCAUAUUGCAUGACAUUGAACGCAUCAUUCAAAUGCACCUUAAUGCAUCAUAUUAUAUUGCACCGCAUUAUAAUCUAACUCAUGCAUCAUAUUAUAUUGCAGCACAUAGGGGUCAUAUUGCUUGCAUUUAUUGCAUCACACUAUCAUUUGGCGUCAUAUUGUAUCCCAUUGUAUCUCGUUGUGACCCUUCUCAUCAUAAUGCACUAUAUUACAUGCAUCAUUUUGCUUGCAUUAUACUGCAGACGUUUCAAUGCUUGGAUCUCAAUGCAUCAUAUUGUAUUUUUCCUCCACUGUUUCAUCCUAUUUUAUGUCAUAGUGUCACUUCUGAUAAUAACAAAUCAAAAUGUAUUGCAGCAUCGUAUUGCACAAUGUUGUGUUGCAUCAUAUGUUGUACGAUAUUGUCUAAUAUUGUACACAUUUCAUUUCUCUGCUGUUACCCUGAAUUAAAACCACAAAACACACGCUACAAACAGCAGAGAAGACAUGGGUGUGACCCCACUGCCACCCCUGCUUCGGCCCCUUAUGGGGUCUCUUGUUGCUUGUCCACGCCCUCUCUGUUGCCAUGGAAGCUCUUAAAGACACCAGUGGAAACACACCGAUCAUGUGAUAAUAAAUUGCCUCAUGAAAAUGUACCAUCAUGUGGGUGGUAAGCAGAAAAGAAAUGAGGUGACAGAUCAGAUAUUGGCGCUGGUCUUGUCUGACACUUUUGACUACCUUGGAUUUAACUUUGGGGGUUUGUGUGGCACUGUCAUUCUGGUUACUGUCCAUCAUUUCCACACACAUUGCUCGGUCUGUAAUCCAUUUUUUCUCCUGUCCUCCAUCCUGCAGGUUAUGCCACCCCAAAGGCUUCCUGGACCCCCAACCCUGAAAGAGAAAGGCUGAUCCCUGUUCUCCCCCAGGUUCCUGCAGCUCUGCACCUCAUCGUUCCUCCGUGUCCCUCUCCUGCUUACCCCCUCACCCAAGUACACUCACCACACCUGACCCUCCCUCCCCCUGUCAGCCUCGACCUCUAGGACUGUUCAUCCUGUCACUUCUCUCCCCCAUAAAUCCUCCCCUGCAGCCGCUCCGUCCCCUGUCUCUUAAUUGUAUUCCAGCCACACUAGCCUCCCUCCCUGCAGGCCCCUGUCCUCGUCAUAGAGCUAUUCUUCACCCACUGGCUGCACGCCGGGCCCCAUGGCUACAGGAGGUCAUGCCCCAGAGAUAGAUGUGUUGAUCAACCUACAGGAGGUGAGCUUCAUUAUGAGCGUUUUCUGUAGUUUGACCAUCAUGUAAUUCAUGUAAAUGUUGAAUAUAUCAGGUAAAAGUCCCUCUGUUUUAUCUGGACCUGUUUGUUUGCACAUUAAGGAGGUUUAAUUACCUUAUACCGGGCAGCACUUUCAGGAUGUUAACCAUCAAGGCGAGCGAUUCAAACGGUGUAUCCUGGUGACAAAUCCAGCAGCUUUCACUUUGAUUUGAUUUGCUGUCAUCAGAACGGAGAGCAGGAGCUUGUAGUCUUUGUGCACGAACUUUUUAAGGUUGAUUCAGCCCCGUGGGUUUUCUCCAAAGAGGCUUUAAAGUCCUCUGCUGGUUUGGUCGAGUUUUUGUCUCCUGCACAAAAACAGAAAACAUGCAGAGAAGUUAGGAAGAGUUAUUAGAUUUACAGAUUUAAGGUCAGUAAAUUUAAGAUUUAAGGUGAGAGAACACUGAUUUAGUUUUGGUCGAAGUCACAUGUUUGUCUUUGAGUCUAGUUUAAGAAAGUCAUUAAAUUGUAGUCAAUUAAGUUUCAGAAAUGUUUGAAUUUGCAGUGUGACACUUAAAAACUUAAUGUGUAACAUUCCUAAACUUAACUGGAUGACAAAGUUAAGCUCCUCCCACCAAUGCACUGCUGUCUGCUGCAAUGGUAAUCCACUAAGGUUAUGUAUAGGGCUGGGCGAUAAACCAAAAAUUUCUUAUACCAAAAUUUACGACAAUAACCAACGUCAUUUUGCCCAUGUCAGUAUAUUCGUGUCAAAUAAAUAAAUACAUAAAUAAAAGCUGUUUUUGGAUGUGUGUAGGUAGGCUAUGGUCUCAUGUCCCUUUAAGACGCUGUCCUACGUCAGAGACGUGACUCCACCCCAUCCAGUCUGUAACAAAGAGGGAAAGACAGGUGAGGAGAUGGAGGACGGUUCAAAAGUUGUAGCGGCUGAAGUAGACGAAGUUAAUGUGGGAGGGGGUGAGCAGCUUGUGGGGUAGUUAUCGUCCAUUUAUCGAUAUCGAGGUGAACUACUCAAUAUAUUGUGAUUUUGAUUUGAGGUUGUAUCGCCCAGCCCUAGUUAUGUACAUUAGUCUCUCCUCUCUAAACCAAGCUCAGUCUCAGCAGAUGACUGUCUAACAUGAUUCUGGUUCUCCUCGAUGUUUCUGCCUGUUAAAGGAAGUUCUUCCUUUUUUAUGUGGUUGAAGAUGGGAUGGGAGUGGAUCUGAAUAAUCUUAGGGGCUCAAUCUGAUCCUGUCCUUACACUGGGUCUGGUCUAGUCCAGCUUUUUUAAGCAUCUAGAGAUAACACAAACUUGUGAAGUGCCGCCAUAAAAAUAAAGCCAUAAAAGAAACUCUGAGUAUUAUGAUCGUUGAAUUUAGUGAGUGAUACAUCUUUUUUUCCAGUGAGUUUUACUGCGUAUGUUUGUGUGAUUUUUUUCCACUUCACAGCCACACGUUGUGUUUGAUUUUGACACUGUGGCACAAAGUAAACAGCGUCUUCUUAAAGCGCAGCUGUGAGGGGGAAGGACGCCAGCGAUGAGCGAGAGCUGGAAAUAUGUGAGAGGAUAGACAGCUUCUCAGGGAGUCCCGCAGGAGCGUCAGGUUGAAGGGAAAAGAAAUCUACGACGUGGCGAGUGACAGGGGGGACGUUGAUGAAUUCGCCACGAGUGGAUAGAUUUCUCUCUCUGCAAACACUUUUCUGUUAACAGACGCACAGCUGUUACCGGGAAAGAUAUCAGGCUCGCAGUAAAUAAAAUUGUUUUGGUUUGGACAGAUGUAAGUUUUAGAUAGAAACCUUUUUAAUGUUAAUUAAUUCACGAAAAAUAAGCGUUAAGCUGCAGAGGUCAGAAGAUGACAGGUUUAUGCCAGAGGGAACAUUAAACUCCAUUAUUCGAUAAUUAAUAAACAAUCACAUCAAACACUUUAAGUAAUUUGUUGAAUUUGUUCUUUUGUCAUUAAACUUGUUAUCUUUACAGCUGCCUGUAGUGUCUGCAGACCUGAUUUGUUCAGUUUUUAAUUGGCCUUAUGGGUCCGACUGAUAAAUCUGUUAAUUACCUGAACCUGGAAAAGCUUCAGGGUACUAAUAAAACUAAUAUUUUCAUGCUGGUUGUUUGGUGUUGUAGUGAAAUAGUCGAUAUUGAACAGUGAAGGUGACAGAAGAGACUGCAGGACGCUGGUUUUGUCUCGGCUCUAAGCAGCGUUUUAAUGUUGGGCUUUAGUGUUGGCCGUCUGUUUGAGAGCCGGAGAGAGAAAAUCGUUCAUGAGCUUGUUUGACAAAAUGCUUUGUGUCUUUGUGAAGUCAAGUCUCAGCUGCAGAGUCUCACUCCUGUCACGUUUUCAUACCGCGGAGCUGCCAAGUAUCCGCUUUAUAACAGAGCAGAGAGCAAAGUCAGAGGAUGGCCUCAGAGUUUGAUGUUGGAACAGGAGAUCUGCUGGAUGUGGCGCUGCGUGUUUCUUAAAUGGUGUAUUUUCUCAUCCUUGGAUUUGGUAUUUUAAGAAACAGAAUUUGACUGUUUUCUGCUUUAAGUCGGUUUAACACAAAGUUGAUAUUACUUUGACUUUUAAAACUGAAAGUGGAAAGUGGACUGUGACGUGGUUUUACUAUGGUAUGUUGAGAGUUAUAAUAAAUAUCCGGAGUUCAGCGUGAGCAAUUCAUUGCUAUUUAAUCGAUCUGUACUGCGCAAGUGCAAAAAAACUUUAUUUAAACUACCAAUCGAUUGCAGAAACCAGCUGGCGAUGUGACAGGCUAGCUUACUGCAGACUCCAGAGCUAAUGCAGAGGUAUUCGCCAGAGCUUCCGCCCAGCAUAGUGAGACAUUUUGGGCCAUAGAGAGCGCCACCACCUGGUCAAAAUAUGGUUCUUUGACAAAGGGGGGAAUGCUCUGAAGGUGUGUGGCCACAGAGAGCGCCACCACCUGGUCAAAUUCAUGCUUCAUUUAUUAACAAGAAGCCUACACAUUCUGGACAAUGAAUUUCAGCGUUUGUUCACAGUGUUUCAAUUUCAACACAUUCAUUCAAGCUUUUUAAAACGACGGUGCAAUUUUAAAAUUAAGCUAGUCGUAGGAACUUUUAAUUGUAAAACUGGGCGCCAUUCUCUUGACUUCCCGGCACUCAGUUCAGUUGGAGGAAGCACUCCGUUCAGGAGAAAGGUGUGUGGCUGUUAUAAACUGAAGCAUCCAUUCUGACUGAAGCGAGCUGGCUGAUGCUGAAGCUGUCGAACAAGUGUCGAAGCUGUUGCAAAGAUGGCUGGUAGAGGAAGUGGCGUUCCUUUCACACAUGCGCAGUACAAAUCGGGUUUCCGGGACGGAUCAGGUAGCGACAGACCAAUCCGAUGUUUGGUCCACUCAGCACGUAUUGACCAACAAGUCGACUAGUGUACUGCUAAACUUAACAAGGUACUUCAGUGAAACUUCAUCAGAGUAUCUUUACUUAUACUUGAGUAGAAUAUUUGAGUACUUUGUCAACCCCUGAAAACAAACCGUUCAGACACUCAACGUUAAAGAAGCGGUCGAUCACAAAGACGCUUUGCCGUUGAUUUGAGUGCGUUUCACGAGCAGUUAAACCCCCUCCUGUUAGGAUAAAUUGGCGAACAGGUCUGAUGUCAUUCCAGUGAAGUCUUUAAACCUGAUUUGGAGUUCCUCAAAGAGCAGAAACUCCCCAAACAAAGGUAUUAUGCCGAGAGACACUCGUCUUCAAGAGAGACUUUUCCUCUGACAGCCCCUCAAAGGGAUGAGUCACUCGUGUGUCUGUGUGAAAAGGCUCAGAUUGUUUUGUGCCUGUUGUUGAAGUGAAACAGAUGAAAGUGUCUUCUCCGGGAGAUAAGGCUCUGCCAAUUAAGUAGGUGAUGUGUUAUUAUUCACAGCGGGGACCGUGCCAUUCACAGAGCACACUGAGGCUCAGGUCUGAGGGAAAUAAUAGGCUGGAUACUCGGCUACGGGCGAUACAUGCAGAUAUGAGGCUGACAAGUAUCAGCGUCGAAACAGAAACAAGAGCAUGGAAGGAAAACUUGAUUAACUUCAUGUAGACGAAAUGACAUUGAGAAAUAACGCCAACUUUUUCGAGAUAAUUGCUCAUAAACAUCAGCUGUGCGGCGAAAAAGCAAAGCAAAACACUGCUGCUGAUAUUUAUGUUCGCUGUGUUUGUUGGUCUGGGAAAUGCGCCAGCUGCUUCUAUCAGAGGGGAGUGGGAAGCAGAUUUUAAACAGGGCGAAAUAAAAAAGAGCAGGAGGGACCAGGAAGCAGAGCAAACAAACUCGUCAUAUUUUUAUCAGCCUGGAUUGUAAUCGGUUUAAGAAAUAUCGAGUUGUUUCCUGGAGAAAAAGCUCCUCUCUGGCGCUGGUUCUCAUACCCUAAAUAAUGAAUCUGAGCGACAGACAUACAGCGACAUAUUGGUGUAACAUAAUGAGGCCUGAAGGCAUCAGCUGGUGAUGUACUUCACUGGUGUAACAGGAGUUUACGAUGCUUUCCUGUGGACCUAAUCCUGAACCCUAAACCCUAAUCCAGAAUCCAGAAUCCCACUAUGAUUGGCUGUUUGCUUUGUGAGAGGCAGGACUGAUAUUUACAUUCGAGCAGUCAUUUACAUUUGUAGUACCAUUUUGAUCUGGUGUGUAAACUUUAUGUCGGUAUGUUAAACUGUCACUCUUGAUGAUACAUCGAUAUGCGGAUCAGUGGGAGCAUCUGUCAGGGUUUGAAAGUUUAAAGGUCUCAGAUCUAGUCCUUGUAGACAGGGAGGAGAUUUUCCUCAUCUGCUUUGAAAAAUGACAGAAACAAGCAAAAAUGCUCAAAUGUGAAAAUUCUGCAUCUGGUGGUUCAGAUGCAUAAAAUAAUACCUGGUGUUGGUUAAAGGGAUAUUCCGGCGUAAAAUUAAUUUAGGGUCAAACACACCGUAACACCGAAUUAGACACUCCCCCCCCCAGAGAUAACUGUUGCCGACUGCUUGCUUCUCUAGUUAUACCAACUUUUAGUGACGACCGCACGAUAGCAAAACACAAAGGUCUACGUCUCAAACAAACCUCAACCAAAACGCCACUCUAUAGCCACAAAUAAUGCUCACAACAGCACCGAACUUCAUCAACAGUACAUAUAGGGUCCCAGCCAUAGUACUAGCCACCAAACAUCUUUUUAGUUUUGCCCAAUUUCUUAAUCACAACUCACCUACUCUCUUCCAGCAGCCGCUUGUUUGUAGUGAGACCUCCAGGCCAGUCCAUUACAGACUACAGCGGGGUCACGCAGCUCAAGGAAGAACAUUUAUGAUAAUUUCUUUAUCAUUUCCUGAAGUCUGAUUGUAUUUCCAUGAAGUAAUGAUCAUAAAUGUUCUUCCUUGAGCUGUGUCACCCCACAGCAGUCCGUAAUGGACUGGCCUGAGGUCUCGCUAUGAACAAGCAGCUGCUGGAAGAGAGUAGGUGAGUUGUAUUUAGUCUCUUUGCUAAAGAAAUGAGUCAAAGUUAAAGAGAUGUUUGAUGGCUAGUAAUAUGGCUGGGACCCUAUAUGCACGUGGCUCUUUGUAUCGUUAUGGUGCGGUUGUUACUAAAGUUGGUAUAACUAGAGAAGCAAGCGGUCGGCAACGUUCAUCUCUCGAUGGGGUGUCUAACUCGGUGUUACGGUGUGUUUGACCCUAACUUAAUUUUAUGCCGUAAUAUCCCUGUAAGACCUGCACGAUUUUUAUGAACGCAGUAUGUCAGGAAUGGGUUCGAAUUUGACUGGUACACUAGAAUUUAUGAAGCGAGGUUAAAGGUCAACGUUCCUGUUGUAUCUCAAAGUUACUCUGAAGUUUGAUCGGCUGCCAUGACAGAGAGAAACACUCCUAACCACAGAGUCAACCUCACCGCUGUACCCUGAGUCCUGACCUGCUCUGAGUCUGAUAUUUUUUUAAAUCUGUUGUCCAGUCAGAAAAAAUGUUUGCCUAUUCCAACCUCUAUCUGGGGUUUGCAGUAAAAUUAAAGCAAUUCUAUUUAAAGUUUUAAAAACACGGCCUCCCUGUUUCAGUAACGACCCAAAACCACAACAGAAAAAUCGUCCACACAGAUCUUCAGCUCCAAAAUAACCAACAUUUCCUCUAAUCCUGGAGGUUUUCCUCAUCAUGAGGGGUACACAUCAAACUCACAAAAACACACCCUGGUCUCUCUCUCUCUCUGUUAGUCACAGCUGAUGAAUAUUUUAAGGCAUCUUUCUGGCUCAGCAUUCCAUCAGAGAUGAAAUAUUGAUGUCGUGGUAGAAGCGCAGCAGAUCCUGAGAAAAGGUGAGACAGCAGGUUUUCAUCUGAGCGCGGGUUCGGCUCAUGGGAUCAGGAUUUAUCAACAGGAUCGAUUUAAAGCCUCAAAACAGAAAUUCAGGAGAAACAGGAUCUUUGUGUUUGAUGGAAACAGAUUCAACUUCAACACAGAAGUCGUGAUAGAGUCGCUUUUUAUGUGGUUUUAGCAAGAAGGAGGACUUAAAAGCUAAAGCUAACUCAAAGAGCUGAAGCAGAGCAAGCAGCACUCACCUCUUCCUGGUUGUCCUCAGAAGGGGGCGGAGUCAAAGAGAGGGGGCGAGGCCAAAGUUCCUGCUUUAAGGCUAACAGAGCAAACCAUAGAGAUUAGAGGGGUGGAGAGGCCCAAACCAAGAAGACUUAGGUGAUUAUUUUGACUGUUUUUUACAAACUUCAGUGCAGAAAUUAAAACUUGUGUAGUUUGUACUUUUUGUUUUUAAUUUUUAUUGUUUUUUUUGAGUUUUUUGUCACCUCUGAAGUUGUCUUAAACCACAGGAAGGAAGCUAGCAGCUAUUGAAGCUAGCAGCUACUCUCCUAGAUAUCUGUAGGGGUCUGUGCGGCCAUUUUUUUUCACCUAUCACCCCCAGAUAAUAUCGGAGGAAACAGGUCUGGACUGGCCUUUCACACAUGUAACACACUGCAGGACAUUGUGCAUGUGAGACUAGAUCACAGCUAUUUGGAGUCAUGAUUCAACAGGUUGUAUUUGGGCAGAGUAUGUUGAGGCCGCUGUCUUGUUAAAACCUUCCUCUUGUGUUAGCUUUUACAACACACCCACUAUGUUAAGGGUUGGUUUCAACCCGUGUCUUGAAUCAGCUGUAAAUUACACUAAAAACAAUUCUCUAUCAUCCAAUUUGGUUCUCAUCUCUAUGUUACCUUGUUUGGCUUCAUUAUCCAUGAAAAUGUUGCUUAUAAUAGUUUUUGUUGUGGUCCUCUGGGCUCUUCUUUGUCAGUAUACACCUCACACAGACAUAUUGAUGGGCACGGCAGUUCUUUUAGAUUUACUGAAUCACUAGAAUCAGUUCUCUAAAAAGAUUCGUUCAUUAAAUCACUGAAUCAUGUAGCGCUUGUCGGAAGACACCUGCGACUCCGAACUCCUGAACUGAUACACAGCUGAAUGUUCAGGAUUCAGUUCGAUUUAUAGCUUCUGGGACCAGGAGACGAGAGUGUUUGGCUGCGUUGCUUUGACAAACAGGUUUGUAAAAAUGAACUUGUUUAUAAGUCAUGAUGUUUUACGUGUACUGUCACAUGGUAUGCUAUUUACCAGGUCUGAACAUGAACCGUUCCCUCGCAAACCGCUGCAGUGAUAGGAUGCCGCGGGUUUAAUGCACUACUUCUUACAUGCUGUGUCCUAUUGUAUGCAAGUUGUUGUUUUGGCAAUUUAGCAGCGAAAAAAAAGGUAGUUUUGUCUGACAAAAAUGAUUCCAGAGAGUGUAGUUCAAUGUGUGAUUCGUUCACCAAGUGAUUCAGGCGUUGGUGCUCGCGGUCCCUCGUUCACCAGCUGCUCGACUGAAGUGAGAAAUGGACGAAUCACUUGAGGAAAUGAUUCGGUUCAGUGCGUUCACUGAAAAGAUUCGGUUCUUUUAAACGACUCGUUCAUGAACGGCACAACACUAUUUCACAUGAUUGGAAGAGUAUCUGACUGUCAGUGCACUUGUGAUUUUAGUUUUUGCUCUAAUUAUUAGAUAUUGAUCUAACCGGGUCAACAGCGACCCUGACACGACAAGUGCCAUAGUUUUAAUAAGAGCAUUUUAUAGUUUAGUCAAUUUAAUUUUUUAAUUUUUAUUUUGUUGAAAUAGAGGUUCCUGACAAAGUCAAAAAUUCUUGAUACUAAAAUAAACUUAUUUAAGUGGUUCUUUUAAGCAUGUAAAAACAAAAACUAGUCGGUGCAGACCCUAACACAGGAGGAGGGUUCAUGUCAUGCAUUGUUCUUGAUAGUGCAGAGGAACUUUGUAUUUCAUUUCAUCAAAUAGGAGAGGAAAUUACAUUAUUAUUCAUCAAAGAUUCAAAAUGAAGACAGCAACACUACACAGGUGUGAUUAUAGAAAUAACCGUCCUCCUCUUUCUGUCAUCUCGUCCUGCUCCCACACGCCGCCUCCUCCUCCUCCACCACCUGCGCCGGGGUCGCCCUCCUCCUGCGUCCCUCCACCCAAACUGACUUCAAAGCUGACAUGAAAGACUUUUCAGUCAUUCGCAGCGAAGCAGAUCCGGCGUUAGCAGAAAUCCCUUUAUUGUAAUAUUUCUAUUAUUCCCUCUCGCCUUAUAUGAGCGGUAUUAGAUCCUGUGUCUUACACUGUGAUUACCACAGCAAGGUGAGAGCGGGAGGAUGUAAGAGAGUCGAAUUAAAGCGGAGUUGGUUUGUAGGAAUAUAGGCCACCUUCAAUAAUGAACCAAAUUAAGCUGGCCGGGUAUAAAAACAAGGCUUUUACUGCCCGCUCAAUUUAAAGCCGUCCUUUUGUACUCAGCCUGGCUUCAUCUGCCCGGGCUCUGUGUAGAUAGGUAGCUGAGAUCAUUAAACGCAUCCUGUCCCUUCAUCCCUCUGGUAAUUAGGAGGUAAUGGAGCCUUGGCACAGAGAAAUCGGAGAACACGGAGCAGCAGCCAGAGUGCUUACCGUGCCAGCGCCAAUCUGAGGUGGAGGACGCCGCCUGUCACGGCGAUUUGACCUAUCAGAGUCACCAAACGGCUCCUGCAGGACACUCCCAUCAGCCUCUGCUGUCUCCAGGGGCUGUCUGUGCAUUAGUCCUCCGCUGCUUUAGCACUUUGUUGUAUUGAUUUAUCGUUCUCCAUGCAUGCAGUGGAAGAUGUACAGACACCAGGUGCUUGUUGUUGUCUGUAGGAAACAUUUUAAAGACAUACUGGAGUUUUCUCCCGGGACAGAUUAGCAGCAAAAUCAGGGUUUUAGGUCCACCUGUGAGUCUUUUCUCCUGAACCGGACAGACACAAAGAAAAACCCUUCAGGCGGAGAUUUUUCUGAGCUUUUGUUCUGGAGAAAGUUUAAUCCAAGUUCAGUUUAGUGGUUUAUUUGACACAGAUGAUGCCUGGGCGAGAGUUUACUAUAUAGUGGUGUACACAGAGGAGUGAAAGGGGGGUGUGAUGACCUCCCCUGACACCCUGACCUCUUAAAAACUCCAGAUGUAAAUAAAUAUUAUAAAAAUUAUGGUGCCUUUUUCCUAGAAAAUGAGUGGAAAAUGACCGUAGCAGCCAGUCUGUAGAGGACAAAACAUGACAAAGUUCCCCCUAGAUGUCUUUUCAGGAUAAAAUCAUAGAAAAGUGCUCUUUAGAUGCUCUUCUAAUAGACAAAAUGUGAUUUGGUUUAAGAUUAUCGAGACACGUUUAACAUUUAGAAAGUUUCUUUUUUAUUUGAGGGCUGAAAUAGUUUAUUUAAUUUGAUUUAAAUUUGAUUUCUCAGGUUUAAACGAUCACAUGAUGUGUACUUUAUUCACUUAAGGGGAAAAAAAGCUGAAUUUGUCAGAAUGAUGAGAAAAUUUUGCAAAAAUCAGAGAAAAAGAAAAACAAAACUUGCGUCUCAGUUUGGUCCUAGCACCAAUUGUAGUGCAUAACUCCAUUAAGAAAAGAAGAUAUUCCCAUUUAAAGGUUGAAAUCUGUAAACUCAAGUUUGCCUCAAUCUUGCUUAAGUGCAUUUUCUGCUAUAGGAGGGAAGUUAAAUGUAGUCAGUUGCGCCCACUUUAACUGUUUUCUGUGCAGAAGUACCUUCCUCAAAUGUUGCCUCUCUCUGAUGCACUCAUGCAUAUGUAUAUCUCUGCAGGGAUAAUGCUAUAAAGACCUCUGUAGCAUUGAUUCUGCAGAAAUGCACACUUUGUUUGAGUUGUAACGGCGCCUGAUCACAAAUUAAUUUAGAUGUGAAACACAAGAAAAUGUCAAAGCUUAACGGGUCGUGCAGAUUUCGCAGAGGUUGUAGAGUGUGUGGAGGAUUAAGAAUAAUCACUGAAGUCUGGAGAUAAACACAGAAAGAUCAUUGGGUGCAUGAAGAGCUUUGCAGAAGAUAGAGGUAAUAGAUGAGACUGAUGUGUCUGUGAAGUUCAUUAAAGGGAUGGUUCAUUGUUUUGAAAUGUGGUCGUCUGGGGUGCUUGUCAAUACUGAGUGUAUUACCCACAUGAGAUCCUGGUCUGUUCGGCGUCUUUGUUGGAGAAUCAGAGACGUGGAGCUUCAGCUGCUGCAUAACUCAUUUUACUACAUAACUAAACUCAUCCAAACAUUCAUGUAAGUGCACACUGUAUUUAGAAAUGUCUGAUUAUAAAGUUUUCUUUUCUCCAGGUGAAGGUGGAAGAGGAAGAUGAGGACGGGUCCGUGGAGGAACACGAAGAAGAAGAGGAAGAGGAGGAGAGCUGGGAGAAAACGCUGUCCGUGGAUCGUUUCGGAGACUUCAUCAGUGACUCUGCUUACACGAGCAGUGACAGGAUGGGCCGCCACUACACCGAGAAAGACUUUGAGAGUAAGCGGAGACACAGCUCUUACUCUCUUCCUCUCAUUCUGUCCCUUGGCUUUUCAGACACACACACUUACUCACACCUGCUUCCUCCUCUUCUCUUCAACUCAGUCUUGAUUUUUGUUAUGUCAUAAUCCAGUUCCAUAAAUAUGUGAAUUAACACACUCUUAUAAAAUCUCCUGACCUUGUCCAUCAAAGUUUCAGAGUGGAUUAAAUUUCAGGCAGAUUAGCAGACGGAUACCUCACGCUCUGGUUGGAGAUAAUAGCAGCUAUUAUUGGACAGAGCUGCUUUCUUCUGACGCUCAUUAAACUGUGCAUCUCUCCAUUAUUGUAUGUUAAUUAAAAAUCUCAGGCCUUUGUUUGUGUUGUGUCUUUCAAGUGUUUAAUAGGGUAUUAAGGGCGAGAUAGAACAAGUCGUCUGGGAAUAGCAGCGUGUUUUAUUUAAGUGAAUCAAACAGCUGCAGCAGAGACAACAGUGACAACAGUGUUUGUUUAGUGUGAGGCAGUGAGUGUGAAAAACUUUCAAAUCUGAGUUAGGGCUGUCCCGAUACAAUAUUGAUAUCAGAUAUCGGUCCGAUAUCAUCCAAAACAAUGUAUCGUCCUGCGUCUAAAAUCUCCGAUAUCAUCACUCCAAUACAAGCAGUCCAUUCUAGACUCCGCCUCUAUCUAGCAGCGCCCUGAUCCAGCAUGUAGAGCCCACAUAAUCACAACAACAUUGUGUACCAAGGUACUAACAAAGUACCAAGGAGUAGUAGUGAUUUCAGCUGUGUGCCAGUAUUUUUCGUUAAAGUGGGAAAAAAAAAACUUGCAGCUGAGUGCAAAACUUGUCAUGCACAAGUUUAUGCCAAUAUCGAUAUCUGCUGAUACUGAAGGCUACAAUAUCGGUAUCGUAUCGGAAGUAAAAAAAAGUUGUAUCGGGAAACCCCAAAUCUGGGCGCAAGGGGCUAGAAAGUAACUCAUUACAGUUAAUCAAGUUACUGUAAUUUCAGUUUAUCAAGUUAUACUGUUGUGUGUUUGUGUUGAACUACUUUGACCACAGGGGGCGCCAAAAUCGACGCUGAUACAGAAGCUUUAAAUUUAGUCCCAAUCUGAAAAUUAUUUCGAGAUGUUUCAAACUUUGAAAAAAUGUUGCAUUUUGUUUUAAAAAAAAAUUAAAAAACUUUUUACGUAUUGCAAGCAAUCCAAUCCUUAAAUUGAGAAUCCUUUCCCCCUGAAGGUAUGCCGCAAAAAUUUUCAAUAACCCUAAACCUGGAUAGGUACAGAGUCAAAACACUGUUUAUUGUUUAUUGUUUCUUACUCCCCCAAAUUCAGCACCAUGAGUUCAAGUUUGUUGUUUUGUUCACAUUGGAUCCUGUCCUGCAAUCCACGCACAACAAAAUACUUUUGCCUGCUAUAGGUGUGCUGCUGCAUUCCCAUUUGUUGUGUUGAUUGUUUUUUUUUUUUUUAUUGCUAUCAUUUACUCCACAAUCUAGUGGAAGUUGACUUUCUGUCCUUUCAAAAUAAAAGCGUAUUUGUUAUUAGAUACAAAAAUAACACAUCAUGGGCAAAGGGCAGAAAAAAAGCAGAAAAAAAAACAUUUUUAACCCUUUAAUGCCUGAAACCACAAAUUAUGGCCAGAAAAUUCACAUUUUUUUGGAGCUGAAAUGUUUAUUUCAACAAAAACAAUGUCCUAAAAAUUUAAUAAAUAUAUUUAUUUAUCUCUUUUGAUACAUUAGAUGUUUUUGGAAACUGAUAAACCACAAGAGGACAUUUUUAUCAUUUAUUGGACCGUAUUCAGGUGUUUUUUUUAGUAAUUUGUUGAUCAUUUUAUUUAAUAGAAGUAUCAUAAAAGUAUGUAUCAAAUAUGAGAUACUGACCCUGAGAUCAAGAUCUUCUUUGAUUUUAUUCUUGUUUUUUCUUUCAGAUCACCGACACACAUUUCAUCACACCCACCACCCCUUGUCCACCCACCUGCCCCUGCCCCAGCGUUUGCGGAAGAGGGUGCACAGCUCGGACAGAAGGCGGAAAAAGAAACGGAAGAAAAAAAAGACCUCCCUGCCGCCGUCUGACGUUACACCCACCAUCCAUGAGGUAGACGAGGAGGAGGCGGAGUCUGAGACCGACAGACAAGGGGCCGCUUCGGCUACUGUGGAGACGACCGAUAUCCAACGGCAGGUAAAAUAAGACAGAGGAAUCAUGGGUAUUUUAACCCUAACCUCCUCGUAGCUGGGGGUCUUUGCUGCUGCUCUCCCUGCCUUUGCUUUAAAGUAUGAAUAAGAGGGCGGUUGCGUAAAAGGCGGUACCCUCAAAUAUAUGACGCUGUUUGAUGAAAGUGGUCCUGACUGAACCACCUGUGAGCAUUUUCCUCCUCUCAUUGAUCUUCCUCUUCCUCUCAGUUUAGUUUGGGGAGCCAAGAAGACUUGGAGGAACCCCUCCCGCUCUCUACCAUCCACAUGGAAAAUGAAGAACAUCCACCGACAAAGGCAGACGCGCCGGCUCGGAAAAGCGGAGAGGCUUGUAAUGGGGAUAUUACAGCUUGUGGACAGGAUGAGGAGGUGGAUGGAGAAGAAGCGGCCUGCAGCAGGUAGGCUGUGAUGAGAAGCGGUUUGUUUAUUUUUGUGGAUUUAUAAAAGGAGUUGUGGUGCAUCAUGUGGGUCCUCUGACACAGAUCCAGAUUCGAGAGUUUCUCUGCGCUCUCAGUGAUUUGAUCAAAAUGAAUCAAACUGCUCGAUCACUGCUGGACUCUGUAAUUCCUCUCACCUCUAAUGAGUCUUCCUCUAUCAAGCAUCCUGCAGCUAAUUACUGUAGGUUUCGGGAAAAAUAAGCUCCUCGAUGCUGCGUGCCCGGAACCAAACAGCAAACAGUGUUAGCCGCUGAAAUACUCGCUCCGAGGCUUUAGCAGCCAGGGAGCAGUUUGUAAUCACAGUGCGGCUAAAAAAAUAAGUGAAUGUUGAAAUUACCUCCCUCGGGUUACUGGAAAUAGUAAUAAAGGUGGCUGUUGAUAAAAGGAUGGGGAAGCAGUGGUUACACAAGAGUGGGUGAAGUGUGGAGAAAACGAACAGUCCUUCUAAUUCCACAUGUGGUGACGCCUUCAUGGCGAGUGUUUCUCGUUAGCCUCCCUGGCGAACGAUUUCAGCUAGACAGGUGUAGUGACAGUCGUCAUUCAUUGAUUAGAAUGAAAUCCUCAUGCAGGUAGCAGGCUAAAUCCUGAAUAUCGCCACCUGCUGGAUACUCUCACCCUCUCUGCAGCUGUGGCCUGGAUUGCAGGACAGAUUCCAGUAUGAAUACGACCGUAUUGUUAAAGCUCCUGUGAGGAACUUUUGAUUUGUGUGAAUUCUGGCGCCCCCUGUUGAUAUUACUGUCUCCACUUGUCUUGGCUUAUACAUGUUGAAGUUGUAUGUUUUGACCAUAAACUGGAUAUAGAACGGACGCCGUCUGCCUCCUCGCUGGGUGAACCCACCAUGAGAACAGCACCCUCUGGUGAUGGGCUGCAGUAUAGGUCAUAAAUCCCGCCUCCUCCAGCAAAGCUUAUGGAGCUGUGGACAAACUUUAGAAAUUUAUUACACAGAAUAUAAAUGUUUCUCCCACCUGGUUGCGAUGUUGACAUGUAGUUACUGUAAGACUGGUUUGUGCUCAAGUCCUCUUUUUUCUGUGAAGCUCCGUUUUUUAAAGUUGUUAAGGGGUUCAUGUUUGCUAUGAUUGACACUUGAUACAGCCUAUUGGCGUACGAAGAUUGCGUAGCUCACCCAGGGAAAAGCUGUUUGAGCCAAGUGUCAUCACAGCAACUCCCGGUGACUCUCCCGCCUAAUACUGGCAGAAGGCGGAACCAAGUUGUCUAUAGUAUUUACAGUCUAUGGUUUUGACAAAAACUCAGACUCGACAGUUAAAUGUGUAAUUUACUGUAAAGCUGUAAAAACAGAACUCAAGUCCUCAAUCAUUUAGAGUCAAAAAUGUGUAUUUCAGUCUUUUUCAUUAACCUGAAAAUCUCCCCAAUGGAGCUUUAAACUCAACAUGUUAUCAUGCUAACAGAAAGUACUUCAGUGUUUAUGAGUCUGUUGCCAAUGGAAACCUGCGACAUUGUCAACAUGCAGGAGUGAAAUGAGCCAGAUUGGUUUGAUCUGCUGCGAUAUGUGAUCUAAUUGUCUCUGAGAGCGCUCUUGCUGUUCAGACUUAGUUUGUGUUUUCAAGGAUUAGACCAGGAGAUUCAGAGGAAAGCCAGGUGAUAAUUGAAUAUAUGAUUUUUAAUCUUGUACUACAUAAACACAGCUUUGAUAUGUAAGCAUAUGAAAUGAUUAAACUGCUGUUUUCUCAGAGUGAAGAGUCUCUUACGUCGGUGUUCACUGCAGCUUGAAUUCCAGUAUUUACUCUGAAUAUUUUGAUCUAAACAGAGUCUGUGUAUCUGUUGAACUUUCAUCCUUUCAGCUGUUGAAUGCUGCUAUAGUCUCUGCAGCUUGGUCUGUUUAUAGUAAAGAAAAUUAACUUUAAGAAGCUAAAACACUCUGUAGUUUGGUGAUAAUUUCUCCUCCUUUUGAACGUUGCAAUCGUCUGAUAAAGAAAUAUUGAUCGAGCCGCCUCUCAUAUUGGUCUUUACCUCGUUUCUUCUUUAUCCCUCUAAGUCCAUUUCAUCAAGGACUGUUUACUGCUACCGUAGAAAGGAAGCACAUGUUACUCAGAAGUACGUUGCCAUAGUUACCCGCAGUUUAUUACUGUGUGCCUUAUGACCUAAUUUAAUACGGCUACACUGACACAGGAACAAUGUUGGAUGUGAACUGUGUGUUUCGCCUGCGAGCCGCAGAGGAGCGACUGUUUUGUUGGGAGAGGUUAUAAUGGCCACCGGAGACAGGUCUCAGAGGCGGAUUAGAGACGAUUGAAUUAAAAUUUAAAGGUUAUUUUGCUUUCUAAAUCUGGAGCUGACCCCUGAAUCACACACACGUGUGAAAUAAAGCAGGUGCACGCAGUAAAGAGCAGGACGGAGCAGUCAGGGGAUGUUUCAGCUGUUAUUGCGUGCAUACACUCAGGUAUAAUGUGAACAUGAGCGCAUAUGCAAUAUUAAAAGCCCAAUUGUCUCAUUAGGAUUCACUCAUGCAUGCUCCAGCUGUAUGUUUACAUAACUUUAACAUCCAGGGAGGUUUUUGGGUGGAUUCAGGUGUCCGUCUUUUCAAACGUCUGAGAAAUAACGGCACAGAGACGGCGCCGAGCGUGUGCAAUGUCAGAUUGUGUCUCUGUGGCUGAGUGAGCAUGGCAGAGGAUGACUCAGAGGGUUGGAGAGGUGAUGCUGCUUUUGCUGCUGUGUUGUGAAGCCCUCUGCUGGUGAGGGGACGGCAUUGCAACCAUAACUGGAGCCCUAUUUGAGUUCACUUUCAAGCAUCUGAUGUUGAAUUUCUGUUUAUUAUCAGGUCAAUAAAUGUCUCUCUCUGCUUUUUCUCAGUGCCACCGAAGAAUCCGACCCCUCCAGCUCGACUUCACCUCGCGGCUGGUUCCGCAAGAAGCCCGUCCACCAUCGUCCGGCAGCCGCCCAGAGGAGCAACUAUGACCUGCGGGAGCGCAUCUGCAUCGGCAGCAUGACCGCUCACGAGACCGCCGUCUACCAGCAGGUGCCCACCGAUGAGGCCGAAGCCCAGAUGUUAGCCAGCGCCGAUCUGGAUGACAUGAAAAGUGAGAAACGCACACACCUCUUUUUUUGAGGCUGUUGCCAAGGGGAACGUUAUUGCAGCUUGAAUGAAAUGCAUAAAAAUAGAAAUCCUCAAGUGAUGGCACGGCUGAUAACUACAUUUAUAUGUUUCCUCAUCGCCUCUGAGAUGUUAAAGCGUUGGAGCAGGGUGAUAGGAGAUGAUCUCAUCUGUUGCUAAAAGUACCAGAGAUGACUCAGAUUUACUUUCACCUACGCUGGAACAACACUGUGGGGUCUGCGGUGUCUUUUUCCAGCACGGUUGUUAUGCAUCAGCUUGUGAGAGUGCUCUACCGAUUCUUCAUAUACCACACAGGAAACGGCAGAACAUAAAAAGCUAUAAAAAAAUGCUGAUUUUUAAUUGUAACUCUCUGAUCUGAACAUAAACUGUCCCCAUGGCUGCUGAACUGUGAGGCACAGACAUCAUUUAUGUUGCUUUAGGGUCCGAUUUCACUCUCAUAGCUGUGAGAUGUGGAUGUCUUUGCUGAAAUAUCAGUUUAAACUGCAGAAUUCCUCAAAGUCAGGUAGUUUGCAGCCCAAGUUGUAGUUUUAGUACCCCCCAGUGGCCACGAGGAAUACUACCGUUCAGAUAUUUUAGCUGCUUUAGUGACUUUCUUCUGUCUUACAGCUCUCCCAUCUUUGACCCACUUAUUGACGGAUAGUUAAACUCUCCCUCUGAGUCUAUUUUAUACAACCUUUCAAGUUUUUCAGUGUUUAUUUUGAAAAUGAAGAAUCACUCACCUCCUAAUUCAGUGUGAGUUAGGAGCUGCAGCUCCUUUUUCUGUAAACCUCAAAUUACCUUCAGCUCCUGACGGCUGAGAGCUUCAGAAACUCUCAGAUUAAUCUUAAAUAUGAAUUAGCUGAUUAAAAUUGAUCUCCACUUUUUUUCACUUUUUAAAGAGCUUUUUUUUUAACUCAACAAUAUUUUUAUAUCAAUAUCAUCAUUGUCACAUCCAUACCUGUUUUUUGUUGGCACUGAUCUUUUUUUUCUCUUUUAUAUUUUUCUUAUACUUUCUAUACAUGAUUCAGUCUGUAAAAGGCCUUAUCAGUCAACCAGCAUCAAAAUUUAUAGUUUUAAGUUUGUUAUUUUUAUGGGUAAAAGUAGCAUGAAGGGUUAGGUGUCAUUUUUUAUCAAUUAUACUCACAAUAAAAGACACAUUUGAUGUUAAAUAUCAGCAGGAUGAGAUUUCUGACUGAAGGAGCUUCAAUGUCACUAAAUAUUCCUUUAAAUAAACCAAAAUAUUGUGUUUAUUUAAAGACAUCUUCAAAGUGAGAGAUAUUCACGCUUUAGUUUUCAUAUUCUCGGUCCAGAAUUUACAGUUGACAGGCUUGCUGUCCUGAUGUUGACGAUUGACAACUUCCCUUAUUGCUGCUGAAUAGUCGUCUCCACUGUGGGCGUCCGGCGCUCUGUCUCAUGAAACCAGCCUACACAGCUCUCCUCGCCUCCUCCUCAUCCUCGGUUAAAUAUGAGCUUCAAAGACAAUGACUGAAAGGAUGAAGGAGGACCUACAGUAUCUACACAUCAUUCCUGUUAACGCCAGACAGAUUCACUGGGUACUUUUACAAAAACAAGUGAAUUAAAUAUGUUAAAGAUCAAUGCAGCAGCACUAUUUUCUGUUUUUGGCUGUUUUCUUUAGAGUAAAAUAGAAAUCAGACAAACAAUCAGAGCUGAGGCUCACAUUAUUAAAGGAAAGACGACACAGUUUUUCAGACAAGCAGGUUUAAAGUUUAAUGUUUGGAAAUAGAGCAAAUACUGUUUCUGUGGAGAAGAGACAGCUCCCUCUGCUGGCCUCAACACAACAUAACAUGUUAUCUUUUAACACUCAAAAUAUGAAUUUUGUCUGUUUUCGAUUCAUUGAAACUAUAAAACCGCAGUAAUUUUAAAAGAUAAGUGUGUAAUACCUUGUUUUUGCAGCAUUUUAUAACCGCCUGCUUCUGCUUUAUCUUAAUGUAAAGUAGCGUCUUUAAUGUAACCUGCUGCAGCAAAGUUAAUGACAAAAAAAAACAAAGAUUAGAAUUAAAAGUAGACAGUGGAAAAUAACAAAAAACCGAGAAAAGGACAUCAGUGGUUGAGCGACUUGCACCCGUGCAGCCAGAGAAAAACACUCUGACAGCAUCCAGAGGCUUUAAUUAACUGAAGCUGCAGUCGAUUCCCCUUUAGCGGCGACCCUGCCUCUGGCUUUUCCUGCUUUACCAGAGCAGAGCACUCAUUGACUGUUAAGGAACCCUCUGGAAACAGAAAACAGGGCACCCACAGCCCAUCAGAGCCCGCUAUCGGAUUUACAGGGAGUGAGGGCUGAAAUUGACGGGCCGAGGUUCCCCACUAUAGGUGCCGUUGUUCCAUUAUAGUCGACUGUGUGACUGAGAGCUGUUUGCAUGUUUUCACUUUACUGACUGAUGAUCGUUUUUUCACAUUUUACAAUCAUGAUUGUUGCAGAUCAAGUUUUUCAGCCGGUGACUAUUACAGACUAAUAUGUUCACAGUCAAUGAAUUCCAGCUCUUCACUUCUAUAAUCCAUUCAGAUGAAACCAAAGCACUCUGCUGAUUUUUCAGGCCUUAAAAAUUUACACUCACAGAUUGAUUUUUCAGAGAAAUAUCUGUGUUGUGAAACAGUGUUUGAAAAGAGAAGAGUGCAAUCUUGUGAACGCCUCAUUUAAUGCUGCUUUGGUAUGGCUGCAAAAUCACUGUCCUGUAGAAGAACUAUAGGUUUUUCCCUUCAUAGGCUAUCACAGGAAAAUUAAAAAAGGAAAAGGUAAAGUUUUUGACACUUGUUCUGUGUAUGUAUCCAAAAAGAAAUCCUGAUUUUAGAAUAUGUUCAAGGUUCAGGAACCAUACUGCAGUGUGUCUAAGUUCUCCUUUAGCAGACCUGCUUCAUGUGCAAAAAAAAAAAAACCUCACUACAAACCUCAGGAGAGCUGGUGACAUCCUGGACCCGGAGAUAAUUCUGAACAUGAAUAUCAAACAACAAUAUCCACAUGAAAUUUACCAUAAAAUCUCAAACGUUACGUUUUAGCAGUAUAGAGAACAAUGUGUAAGUGUAAACUGCAGUUCCUCAAGUGUCCACUUGAGGCUGGCCCCAAAAAUGCUUAGAGCCACAUACACACCCAUUCAUAAAACUCCAUCUUUGCAGCAAAAUUUGACAUGUUUACAGCCUGAUAUGAAAAGCGCCAUCUUCUGGGUAAAACCCUGUUGCACAAUUGUCAAGAGUAUCAAAAGGUAUCAACAGUGUGUCUCGUUGAAUUAAAUGGUGUUCGCUCUUUUGUUUAUAAAAAGGUUGCUAUUAUGUGUGAGAAUCUUACAAACUUCUCAACUCUUUUGUGCUCAGUUUAGAAGUUUUAUUACGACUCGACAGGGGCUGCUUUGGUUUUAGUUGAGACAGGAAUGGUGCAACAUCUCGAAAUAAUAAGCUAUAUUUAAUCUUACUUAUUAACAUCAAUUAGGUUUCACUCGAGUGGCGUUUGGAUACUAGAGUCUACUAUCUGAACUUCACCUUUACCCAUGCACUAAUCACAUGAUGGAAAUGGAAGAGUGGAAACCAGAGGCAUGAACUCUUCUCCUCUGAUCCACUGAAUGUUGGUUUUCCAACAGCUCCAGAGAUCAAUGAGCCGGGGACAUCAUUAAAACGGGGCGGGACAGCCUCUCAGUUGACAGGCAGCUCCCACAAAGUAGACCAUCCCUUAUCAAUACUUGUUUUUGGGUUUGCUGGGAAAGAGUGAUUUGCCGUCAUUUAUGUGUCUUUCUGGUCGUGGAUUUAGCAGGGGGGUCUCUGCCUAAGGGUGCAGCUCCAACUUCGAUUUCAAGCUUAUUUUGUUUGGAUUUAAAGUUUGUUUUUCUGCUUCAUAAGUUGGACCAGAGCAGAGAAGGUGUUUUUGAAGGCCUGAGGCUGAACUUUUUAAAAAGUCUCAUGUUGGAGAUUGUUUUUGAAGCUUCCUCAAAGGUGUUUUUUUGCACUGUCAGGUAGGCUAGAGGUAACUUAAGGAGCCAAGCAUCAUCAGGUGAUCCAGGAAAGACAAGGGUGUUCAUGAUCUGGAGCCCUGGAUGAGCAGUGUGUCCACUAGGAGAGAGGAGGAUAGGAGGAGGUACCGGCCGUGGAGAUGACAGACAUUGAGGGACAGGAAAACCAGGGACAUGGGACCUCUGAGAAGAGGCGAAGCAUGGACCACCAUGGACAGGAAGGGCGGCCCAGUACCCAAAAAGGCACCCCAAAGCAGCACCAACUCGAUUACCGCAACUCAAUGUCCAAUGUGGAGGGAUUUGAGGAUUUUGACGAGUUUGUUUUGGAUUUCGAUGACUACGACCUGCUCGAGUCGAUCCAAACUCAAGUGGAGUCUGCGAUCGAGCCGAUACGUAAGUUCUGGUUAAAUCUGCCCUUUUUUUUUCUGCCAGGCUAAAUCGCAGAGCUUCAAUCACGUACGCUUUAUUCCAGUUACUGAGUCAAGCCGUUGAUAGGGGAGGUUGUUAUGUAAGUAUAAUGAAUUAGAAGAGGAUGAGCGCUCAUUUCAGGCUUUACAUGAACGAUCAAUAGAUAGGAGCUCACUUGUUAUCAUUGAUUGAAGCCCGCUGAUGCUUAAUUAUUGGCAAUACAACUCAUUCAUGGCCACACACAGAACAAGUUCGCCCUUGGUAUUGAGUGAAUUGACACAAUGCUCGACUGUGGCUACUUCCUGCUUUCCUAUUGAUCCAGUGGCCCCCAUUUGGCAGGUCCAUUUACCAUUAACCACGGCUGGAGUGGAAAGAUAUUCAUUGACCAGCAGAGCAGAGUCCUGCUGUUUUAUAGAGCUGUGAUCCAGCAAAGGCCAAAUAAAUAACAUUCAUCAGCUAGCAGUACUCUGUAGUAGGUUUGUAACAUGAACUAAUGAAGCUGUGAGGUUUGGAUGAAAAGCUGGAUGUCCAGUUAUCCUGUCAAGUUGACAUAAAUCAUUUCAUCGUCUACAUACAUUGGCACUCGUGUCUUAAAUAAGUAACCAAACCAACUUGAACAUAGUAAAAGUCUAUUUUUACAACUUAUGGACUAGUAAUCCAACAUGGUUUGGCAUCACUUGUUUUUAAGUAUUGAAAAGGGUGAAUGGAAAUUACUUGGUGAGAACGCUAGCUACUCUUGUUGUACCAAAUGUUAUACCAAAAGUCUUGCUUGUAUACCAGUAGGUAUCCAGGUCACCGGUAAGAUGAAGGUUGUCAUAACCUGCCUCAGAAAUCACCUGACUACCCAGCCAUGUCAGAGGUUACAUUUAUUUAGCAUUGAAAAGUAUGUUUAUGAUUGUCUCAGGUAUACUUGUGAGCUUGAAGGGUAACUAACCAAAUCCAAAGAGUUUGGAAGGAUUCGAGAUAAUGGACUCUUUCUCUCUCGCAUAGAGCUCUUGACUAAAGUAGACCUGUCCUUGACUUGUUCAAAGCUCUUUGAGAAAUAAUACCACCAAUAAUUUUAAUUUCCUGCAAUUACCAUUGGUCAACUUCACAAAAUAUUACAGUAAUUUUUGACCUUUGACCCCUAGGCCCAAUCCAAGUGCUAUCCCUUAAGCGCCACCUUUUUUUUAAUUGCCCUUGAUUUGAUAUGAACCAGUUGCUUGUCAGAGACUUAAAGGAUUAGGGUCUUCACUCUGGAAACUGGGCGCCAAAUUAAUUUCAGAUUAGUGACUUUCAUAAACCAGGAAAGUGAAAUAUCUGAACUGGGACACCCAAAGCAUCAUUGCAUAAAGUCGUACUGACAUCAUGAUAAUCCAUUUUUGUGAUUUCAUGUCUAAAGGUUUGUUUUAUUUAAUCUGAAUCCAAAUUAAAGUUAGACAUAUCUUUCUACUGUGACAUUCUGUAUGGUUAUUAGUGAAGAUCUGGACUUUACUCCUCUGGUGGCCAAAUUUAGUGACCAAAGCCAAUGAUGGUUCCAGAGAGAGAACAAGUUGAAGUCUGGUUUAUAGAGGUAGCCGUACAACCAAAUACUUGGUAGAUGAUUGAUAUUUUAGGGGUAGAGUCAUAAGUACAUAAAGUUGUGUGUCUCAGAGUCUUAGUCUUUAGAUACACAUUUAGGUCAUGGUCUGAAUUUAUGUAUUUGAAGUCCCUAAUUCAAAAUUACUAGAUCCCAUUUCAUUUUGCACACGCCCAGUCUUCAUGUCAUCAAUAAACAGAAGUUUAUGAUUUCAGUAAUACAAACUCUUGUUUUCGUUUGAAAUUAAAUUUGCCCUAAAGUUUGGUAAAAUAAUAGGAUUCAACUCAGAGCCCAAAGAAACAGAACUGGUGGACUACACAAUAACUUUUAAUAUUGAAGGGUUUCUGGGUCGUUCUUGUGAUUAUUUGAAGUCUGAAAUCUGUAUAAACAAGCGUUAUUAAAAUGAGAUGGUUGGUUUCACAGGAGGAGUCGACCUUUUCUAGAUUUCUAAAGAAAACAAAAGUCUCAUCACUGACCCCAGUUAACUCGAAUUACCCGUUAAAGCCCCGACACAGAGAAGCCAAAGGGUUUGUUGUCCAGAAAUCAUCUGUCCCAUCACUGGACCAAUUCAUUUAUGAUGAUUUUUAGCUCCUGAUUGACAGUGUUUGACGUUUUUGAUUCUUAACAUCUGUGAAAUGAAUCAAGGCCUGAAAGUGGAGGACAGGUCAUGUAUAAGAGGGGCGAAAACAGGACUUUCUGGAGGCAUCAGAAGGAGAUUUGGUCUUUCAGUCUAUUUGGAGAGAAUCAGGCUGACUAUACGCUAUCCCUUAUAUAAUAAACUCCAGCCCAUCCAUCCAUCCAUUUUCUUCCGCCUUGGGUUGGGUAAGCAAGUCUACCUAAAUCAUCCUCUCCCCAGCAACACUUUCCAGCUCCUCCUCUGUAUUCUCAAGCGUUCCCAGGCCAGGUGGGGCAUGCUAUCCCUCUGUCUAACUGGGAUCUCCUCCCAGUUGGAUGUGCCCAGAAUGGGAAGUGGCCUGAACCAUCUCAACUGACUCCUGUCAAUUUGAGGAGGAGCAGGUCUACUCCGAGCUACAUAUGUUCAAGUUUGGAGUCCUGUCACCCUCGUUCUUCCGGUCAUCACCCAGAACCCAUGACCAUCGGUUUGGGUCUGUACGUGGAUCAACCGGUGAAUCGAAAACUUUGCCCUCUGGCUCUGGUCUUUCUUUACCGACCUAAACCGACCUAAUCCAUCCAUCAAUUUUUUUCCGCUUAGGGUUGGGUAGGCAAGUCUUUUCAAAUCAUCCUCUCCCAGCAACACUUUCCAGCUCCUCCUCAGGGAUCCCAAGUUUUCCCAGGACGGGUGGGAUAUGCUAUCCAUCUGUCUUACUGGGAUCUCCUCCCAGUUGGAUGUCCCCAGAAUGGGAAGUGGGAAAGGCAGAUACAGCCUUUUCGUAGCCGUUCCAGGUACGGUGGAAAUUGCCCAUAAGACUCUUAUCCCAGAGCAAAGGGGCUGGGAUACGCAGUGCCAACUGAAGAAGCCAACAGAACCACAUCAUCUGCAAAGAGUAGCGGUGGAAUCCUGAGACCCCACAAACUGGAAACCCUCCUCAGGAAGAAGAUAAAAAAAAGAGGCCAAAGCUGCGUGUUGUUGAAUUCUUGAAACUUUAUGUUUGUUGGGAUAUUUUAAGUCUGUGCAACGUGAAAUAUUGAACACAGAAGAGGGAAAAGAACCAAAUCGAGGCCUUUUCAAGUGCGUCUCAUUUACCCGGUUCAUGCCCUUCACUGUGGUGAGAAAAAUGUGCUCAUGGAUCAGCUGGAGCAGUUCACCAAAGGACAGCCUGGGAGGGUCCGGAGAACGAAAACUCUCAUCCUGAUUUCCAUUUCUUUCUGUUUCCCUGAGGAAGGGAUGACGCAGCAGAACGGAACAGUCUCUGCUGUUACUCCACACACACACUCAAACACACCUACACACACUCAAACACACACACACGGUUCCUCUUCCUGUCACCUCCACGUAGGUCCAGCUGGAGAUUCAAAGAGACAGUGUUUAUUUAGACAGAAAAUCAACUCAGCUUUUGGCAGAUCCAGAGCAGUCAGUCAGUUUCCUGUUGUACUCACAGAUCUUUUACAUUAACCUUAAACACACUAACCCAAUAAUGUCGCUUUACCUCAUUUCACCUCCUCCUUAUCCUUACCUCUUAAAUCUCCACAGAUGUGCCAGUGGUUUUGCGUCUCACGGGCCAAUUUUCCCUAACAGGGAUUCGAAGCGGUAAAGAUCUGCUAGAUUUUGGCAAAAUAUGGGCAACAAAAGAUUUACAGCUGUAAUGAAUGUGCGAGUUAACGAGAGGUUUGAGUGGGAUUAACGCGCACCGAACGAUCCCUGGAAAGCACAAAGUCAAUCAAAACACUUUGCGGUCGCUCUGGAUGGAUGUCAGACACCUGAUUUGCAAUAAAAACAAGCAGAAGUACUUUUGUUUUCCAGUUAGCACUUUUCCAGUCACCAGAAACCCUCACCAGGCCUCAAAAUGACGGUUUUCAUAAUUUUAACAAAUUAUAACUAUUCCCUAACUUCAUUGAAAACAUCAGUGUAGACACAUCUCCACAUAGGUGGUUAACCUUUUCUCAUUUCCGAAGCGAUUUAUCCAAAUUAAGCGGCUUCCUCAGCUCCUCGAACCUACACGGGAAAUGACUGCCAGGUAUUUUCUGUAAUUUAGAGACCUACUUGUUUAGCUAAACUCAAUAAAAUAUGAUUCGUGUUCGAGGAAAUUGAAAAUGAAACGAGUCUUUUUGAACCGACACGUGUCCGCGAGUAAAAGCAGCUCUUCUGUAACAGUUUCCCAGGGCCUUCGUUCAGCAGACUCUCUCUCACCCGUGGAGCUUUCACCUUCUCUCAGCGGCUCCUCUUCGAAAUCCAAACAGACGUAUUUGUAAAUUUCCAGUAUGGAGCGCACACGCUGAGGUAGACGUUUGACUUGGAGAGAAAGAGAGCGUGUGUGUAUUUUGGAUUCUUGUAUUUGUACUUUAAAUUCAUGUGACGGCUUUUUCAGGUCACAGAUUCGAGGACAACCCCGGGGUGAGACGCCACCUGGUGAAGAAGUCGUCCCGAUGUCAGAUGAGCCGGAGCAGCAACAGUUCGACGCCGCUGAGCAGCCUGAAGAAGAAGAAGAGGGCGGCGGAUAAGAAGAUUCAUGAGGUUUGGUUGCAAAUGAGUUCAUCUUCGUUUUUAAAAUCAUCGUUAAUUUCAGGGGAUUUGUCGACAUCUGUAAGAGAACACUCUGUGCUCGUUCUGCAGGAGACAAGUUUGUUAUAAACAGUGAAAUCAUCAUCCGUCCUAACUUGAAAAAAAAAACACAGUUGAUCCAGGGUGUAGUCUAUUUUUAGGCCAAAUCUUCCCCGCCGUGAAUUCAACAGAAUUCGUUCCUCAUGUUUGACCCGAGUUUGACCAACAACACAAAUCAUAUUAUUUCAUGUUUGUCCUAGAACACUUUGCUAAAAGUUCAGCUCUGGAAUGUGACAAAAGUCCCUCCAAAACCAUUCAAGUCCUCGUCUCGGUCCAAACCACGGCGAGCGGCGUCCAAACCGCGGAGUUUAGUCAGUCCCCAUAAACAUGUGUGCGGACUGUGUCAUUGGAUUAGCCGUCUUUGAACUGAGUUUGCCAUCAGUGAAAGAUCAUGUUCGGCUGUUAAAUUUUAAAAAAAAGCCACCACCACCACGGUUAGAUGUAGUUUUCCACUUUUAUUUCUACGAGCGGCGUGUCAAUAACUCUCUGUUCCACUUCGUCUUCAGUUGUUUGUGGAGCUGAACGAGCUGAUUGUGGAGAAGGACCAUGAAAUGCGUUGGAAGGAGCGCGCUCGCUGGAUCAAGUUUGAGGAGGAUGUGGAGGAGGAGACGGACCGCUGGGGGAAACCUCAUGUGGCCUCGCUUUCCUUUCGCAGCUUGCUGGAGCUCCGGCGCACGAUCACACACGGUGAAGAGCUAAAUGUCGUUGUAAUGACCUGAAUCUGUCCCUCCUCAGACAGCCCGGUUUAACUCGUAGCUCUUCAUCUUCCUGUCAUUUCUUUCACCAGGCGCCGUCCUCCUGGACCUGGAGCAGAACUCUCUGCCCGGCAUCGCCCAUCUGGUGGUGGAGACGAUGAUCAUCUCUGAUCAGAUCAGAGCCGAGGACAGACCUAGUGUUCUCAGAGCUCUGCUGCUCAAACACAGGUCAGUAAUGAGGUUCAGAUUCACUCAAACACUUCGAAAUGCGUCCAAUGUGGUGCAUCUUUAAACCCAAAGCUUCAUCUGUGUUACUGUUCACCGAAUAACGAAAGAAAUGGAGGAAAAAUAUCAUUUUGGUUCGUGAAAUAAACACAAAGUACUUGUGGUUUUAUGAUUUGAUUUCUUAGGAUGAGCUCUGCCCCUUCAUGCCCUCACCAACACCAAUAUUUAUGCACUACUAAUAAGUUAUGUGGCCCACCGCAUGACCUCCAAUGUUCCCCACAAACCGGUGAGCAAGAGCCAGUUCAUCUCCAGGGUUAUCAAGCGGGCACCGCCCUCCACUGGUGCUGCGUCGGGCCAAGGCCACGACCCCUCCUGGAGGCUCGGUGGUUGGCUGUGCUUCAUAUCCAAACUCAGAAAGAGGGAAAGCAAAGAGGAGAGGAGUCUGUAGAGAUGAGUCAAGGAAGCAACAGGGAAGGCAGGGCCAGGGCGAAGAGCCGAUUUGGGCUAGAGCUCGAUCUCGUUCUCCUGUCCUCUUUCUAAAACCUCUAUCCAGACGUCUCUCUAUUAGGCUGUCAAUAAAACCAGUAUUGACGAUAAGUGUCUUUUACUAGAGUGACCAUAUUCUGAAUCCCCAAAAAGAGGACACGACUACGUGGGGCGGAGUCUCAGAGUCGCACUUUGUUCAUUUUGAGAGUUUUCGGUUCGGGUCGAGUGUUUUUUAUGCGCUUCUAACUCAGGCCUCAAAAAAGAGGACAUGUCCGGGUAAAAGAGGAUGGUCACCCUGCCUUUACAAACAGUCAAGUUUUGAUAUUGUGCUAAAAAUAAGUAUGUAGAAAUAUGAUGUCAGUAGUCAGUUUAUGACGCCAGUUGUCACGCCCCCUAAAGUGGAUGGCGGACAAAAAGAAGAAGAAGCGGUAGUAUGCUAGCUGGCUGUAGCAGCCCUCAAGCUCAUGUAAGAUAGCGCCUCUUUGGGGUUGCAAACUGUUUUCAUUCAGUUCUUAUAUUUAUAAUCCACCAGAGAUCACAUAUAUGCCAUUUCAAAAUAAAAGCACGCUUUCACAACACAGGGAGUAGAGCAACUUAAAACCGAGAUGUUUGGAUUUCAAAAUAAAAACAUCUGAAAUAAUGGAUUGAUUAGACUUUUAAUAACGUUUGUGUCACAGGACUGGAAACAAACCAAGAUGUUUAAAAUUUCAAUAUAAAAGCACAUUUUUACAACACAGGGAGUAAAACAACUUUAAACCAAGAUGUGUAAAAUUUCAAAAUAAAAGCAUCUAAAAAAAUGUUUAAUUAGGCUUUUCAUUACGUUUCUGUCACAUCACUGGAGACAAACAAAGAUUUUUAAAAUUUUAAAAUAAAAGCAUCUCAACUCAUAGUUUAAUUAGGCUUUUCAUAAGGUUUCUGUCACAGGACUGGAGACACUGAUAAAACAUAAAUUUGCAUAUGAUCAGAAAUGAAUGAAAGCAUGUCAGUCAAUUCUGUUUAUUUGUAAAUUUUAGAAGUUUCUAAUUGCAAUAAUUGUGAUACUUUGAGGUGAAAAUGUGACAUCCUGUCAGCCUAAACUGAAAUCAAAGUGUACCAGAAAACCUGAUCAUCGUUUUUAUGUCUCACGUCCAGGAUCAGACCCUUCAAGUGCUGCUAGAGUUUAACUGUGAGGGUCCCAGUCUGUCAAAAACUGAUCCCAUCUCUGCAGGGCUCUUAUUAAAGGACCCUGCUUUAUUUAUUUAUCACUAAUACCAGCCCUUACAGUGUAUCUGCUAUUAAGGUUUUCUGCUCGAAUUUAACUCAAACAAGACUCUGCAAACCCUAAUCUCCUGCAGCAGCAGCAGCCUGUGGGAGGACUGUUUUCCUAGGGUUGAUUUUAAGGACUUUAUUCUUUAAUUAUACGGUGAACGGAAGACUUAACUAGAACUCCGUCUCUCAGUUUCAGCCUGUGGGAUAGUUACCAUGUCAACAGAUUCGAUCAAACCGCAGAAAAACCCAAUCCCAUUUAAUACCAAAGUUAGAAACAUGCCCUCCAAAUGUGUUUUAUCUUGGAUCCAGCUGUUCCUCUAUCCAGGGAUUAACAAACCAGUCAUUGUGCUGUAGCGGGGAUGCAGCUUUAUUUAGGUUUUGAUUAUGGAUUUUAGAUAAUAAAGUAGGAAGAAAAAUACCCUCACCCUCCUCUUCCUCCGCAUUAAUCAUUGUUCUGCAAGUGGAGGUUGUUACAGAACGGCAAACUCUGGGGAACCGAGUGGGGAAUUUCCAAAUUGUGACAUUUAACAACGCUUGGCUCAUCACUGGGUGUACUUCCCCGGGGUUGACUUAGAUUCAAAUGUCAAGACUGCACUGGGUCUUAAAACCUAGACCUUUAGAUUCAGAGUCGGUUCUUGCGCAAUCGUCUAAACCACCCUGGCAUUUCGAUCUCUCUCUCUCUCUGCCGUUUCAGUCUGAUUCAACUAGAAUAAAAAGACAACAUUUGAGGCUUUUGUAAAACAUGUAAUCCUGCUAUUUUGACGCUCAGGUUCAUUCAAAACUUUGCGUCUCCACUCAGAAGGUUCAGCUGUCGUUGUGGUUUCUACAUGAGCAGGUUCUUCCAAACUUAUCUUGAUGUUGGCAGAGUCGAACUACCGCCACAGUUUACUCACAGGUGUCUGGACCCACAAAACACCAGAGGGCACGGUUACAUCAGAUCCUGCACACGGCUAUUUUAAAAUCAAAUAAGCAUGUGGAUGUGAAACAUGUGACGCGGCGGCCCCUCCCUCUCUAGAGACGGUCCCCCUCUUAUUGAUUGAAACCGGCUAAACCGACCCCGACACACACACAGCCAAUGGAACAGUGCGGAGCGUUAUAGAUCCUCCGCUCUUAUAUAACCGAAAAAACAGCGAACUAAAUGUCGGCUGUCAGGUUGAAUUACCGAAAGGAAAGAUAAGUCAUGCCUGCCAGUGGAGCGUCUGUCUUCAUGCUCACUUCUUUCCUGGAGAGUUUACUCUGACAUGACUUUGAAAUUUUAGUCUUUUAACUCAACUGCUGUUCAGUGAAAUCUGUCGACGUUUAUUGGACGGGUUGCUUUAAAAAAGAAACGUGUUCAUGAUACCCAGAUGCAUGAAGAUGAAUCCUGAUGCUCGUGUUUCCUUUAGUUUAGAGAGAAAAGAACUAAAUAAGAAAAAAAAAUACAACAGAACUUUUUUUAAAAUGUCCAACUAAAAAAUCAAAAAUCACUCAGAGCAACUGGGGACUCAGGCAUACGCACACAUCGACAAACAUACAAUGAACCAACAAAGAAACAGGGGAAGACAGGGACUAUAUAUACACACGGGGAAACGAGCAACAGGUGAGACACUGAGACACAGGUGAAGACAUUUACAGAGGAGGAAAAACUGAGGAAGUAAAACAAGACUAGAAACACAAGGAUGGACUACUACAAAAUAAAACAGGAAGUGCUGAAAACUGAUCCAAAGAAUAAGACACUAAAAACAUGAGGGAAACGGGGUCAGACACAAACUGAAAACUCACAAGACAGGACUACAGGGGAACAGGAACAGAGCCACAUGUUCAACCAAAACGCCACUCUGUAGCCACAAAUAAUGCUCAGAACAGCACCUAACUUCAUCAACAGGACAUAUAGGGUCACAGACAUAGUACUAGCCACCAAACAUCUUUUUAACUUUGCCUAAUUUCUUUAGCAAAGAGACUAAACACAACUCACCUACUCUCUUCCAGCAGCCGCUUGUUUGUAGCGAGACCUCAGGCCAGUCCAUCGACUACAGCGGGGUGACGCAGCUCAAGGAAGAACAUUUACGAUCGUUACUUUAUCAUUUCCUUGAAGUAAUAAUCACCAUAUUAAUCAUUUUGCACUGCAGACACGGUAGUUCUUCUGCCUUAGCGUCUCGGUCUGAUUGUAUUUCCAUGAAGAAAUGAUCAUAAAUGUUCUUCCUUGAGCUGCAUCACCCCGCUGCAGUUGCUGGUCUGAGCAUUAUUUGUGGCGUUUUGGUUGACGUUUGUUUAUGGCUCCUCAGACCACUGUGUAUUGCUAUCGUGCGGUUGUUACUAAAGUUGGUAUAACUAGAGAAGCAAGCAGUCUGCAACAUUCAUCUCUCAAGGGGUUGUUUAACUCAGUGUUACAGUGUUUUUGACCCUAAAAAAAAUUUACGCCAGAAUAUCCCUUUCAAAGCCAGGUGCACUUGCGAGCAUAUAUGUUACUAUUUACUCAGCAGACACAGGGAGAGAUCACCGAUCACUGUCAGCGUGGGCUGUAAAACUCUGAAUCAAACUCUGAAUCAGCUGCUGUUUAAGAUGGUGUUAUUGUUUCAUUUCAAAGAGCUUAAAAUAAUAACUUCAGACAGCUGCUGCCUGCUUGAUAAGUUUGUAUUUCUGUUUAUAAGAUGGUUUUGUCCUGAUGUUUCUCUGUGCAGCUCUCCAAAUCCUCUCUCUGGCUCCCCCUCUGUUCACCCUGAAUGGUACAGCCAGUAUUUUAUUAUCACCAUUAAAUUAUUCUAAUCAAACAAAUAUUAAUAAGGUUGCUGUGAUGGAUUUUGUCACUAAUGUGCAUGGGAUGGAUUUCGCAGCAGAUGAGCGUGCCGGCAUUCUCAGCAGCAGCAGCAGCAGCAGCAGGCCCUCGGUGCAUUAAUACCAGCUUUAACAGCCUUUCCACAUAAAUUCCCAGCAUGUCACUGGCUGCUUCCUCAGUGAAAAAAAAAAACACUCUGUCAUCAUCAAAGUCAUCGCCGGUGUGAGAUAUCCGAUUUACGACGUGGAAAGAAACACACCGAGGCGCUGCUACAAUUUAGCUCAUCGCUUACUCAGAGCACUUUAAAGAUCCUCUGGAAACGUCCUGAUCACUAUUCGCUCCAGAGUCACACCUCGUUCUUUUGUCCCGGGCGCUGUCGCGUCCAAUUUGGGCGCCGUCUCAUUGGACCUAAUGUCUGCGCUGAUGUCACCGUUGGACUGAGCGGGGAUGGCGCAGUGUUAAAAAACUCUGCUGGUGUGACUCACUGAAUAUUUCUCAUAGAGGGGGAAACGUGCUCGCUCUUUAACUCACACGCACUAAGCCGGGAUAAUAAGCCCACGCAGAUUAGUCUCUGGCUGUUUUAUUGCUGCUCUAAUGCAAAUAUCACAUUAAGAAAAAUUACUGUUUCCACUCAGGCUUUGUCUUAAGUGCUUUCUAAUAAGCCUGCAUUGAAAGAUGGAUUAGAUUACGAAGGGCUCUGCUGAUGGCUUUUCUAAAUUUAUGAGCUGCAUUACUGCUACAUGAGGUAAAGCUCUUUAACAUGUCCAACCAACGGAAAGUAGAUUAUGUGAACAGAAACACAGCUGCGCCGGGCACUUUUACGGUCCAAAUUAUCCCGCGGGCAAUUGAAUAUAAAUGCUUCGUAAAUAUUUUCUCUUUUUACAGGUGAAAAGUAAAGGCUGGGAGAUAACGAGUGGAUGUGCGCUCAUGUCAGGCUCUCUGGGGAAAAAAGGGCAAAAUUUAGAGUACCACUUGACUUCUCCAUGGUAACUUAACAAACUCUAUUUACUGCUAAAAGCUGCUAAAGAUGCAGACUCAUUUAUCCUCCCCUGGAGUUUUUAAAAGCCACAAAAACUGUUUUUAAAGCCUUUUUGACGUCUAUGAAACAGACUGAGAAUCAUAUAACAGCCUUUAUGUAACAUCUAAAAGCAAACGACACUUAAAGCAACAUGAUUGAUGAUUUUUAUUUAUAGUCUCAACUGCCUGAAAGUAAUCCGAGGGGGUCGGUAUCAGAUAUCAGCCUGAUGAUAAGCAUGGACUGUAGGGCUGGGUGAUAUGGCCUCAAAUCAGUGUCACGAUAUAUUGAUCAGUUCACCUCUAUAACGAUAAAUGGACGAUAACUACUCCACAAGCUGCUCACCUCCUCCCACAUUAACUUCUUCUACUUCAGCAGCUACAACUUUUGAACUGUCCUCCAUCUCCUCACCUGUCUUUGCCUCUUUUUUACGGACAGCUGUAGGACAGAGUCUUAAAGGGACAUGAGACCAUAGUCUACCUACACACAUCCAAAACCAACUUUGAUUUAUUUAUUUGGCCAAAAUGAUGUCGGUUAUCGUUGUAAAUUUCGGUAUCUGUAAAUUUUCGGUUUAUCGCCCAGCCCUAAUGGACUGUUUUCAGAAGUUCCUCAGAUGAGUUUUAAAGUUUACAGAUUACACAUUAAAGAUUGAGUUUAUUGUCAUUGCACAUGUCACAAGUACGGAAUUUGCUUUCCAGUUCGACCCUUUCGAGAAAAACAUAAAAGACAGUCACAUACAGGUGGGACAGGAGGGGAAGGAAUCGCCACAGGGGAGGCGCUCCAUUUUCUUAGAUGGGGAAAAAAGGAGGACAAGAGGAGAGAGGAGGGAGAAAAAAAGGCAACAUAAGACAUUACAACAUUAUGUUAAAGUUUAGCAAAUCGAGUUGUAAGGUUUGAGACUGAAACUGUCCUUUGCUCACCCCUAUUGUAAGUGAAGCGUCUGUCAGGCACGAUCAGUAGCAUCCUUUAACCGUCAAGUUUCUACGUGCGUCAUCAAACUCUUAUUUUCUUCGUCCUUUAAUCGUUAAAAUUUGUGCACUCACUGACUGAUUUACAGAUGAACUGAUUAAUUUGUCAGUCGGUCAUAAUUGGACAUUUUUUUCACUCCCUAAUUCUGUUAUAAUGUUUGAAUGAUCCAGUUUAAUUUUGCCUCUGACAGACGUAUCAUCAUGUUCUGUGUUCGUGUAUUUGUCUUUUUCAUUUAUUCAUUAAAAAUCCAGAAAAACACGUCAAAAGGUCAAAAGUUACUUAAUCAGUACCCUCAGGUAAAUUUUGUUUGCAGUGAAUCACAUAUGAGAGUAGACGAAGAAACAGCACAGUACAGACAUAUAAAAUGACAAGAGAUGAAAAUGAAUCAAAUAAUCAAAUAAAACUAGUAAAGCCAAAUAAAAACCAAACAGCUCUCAGUGUUUCUUCCCCGUCUUAAUGUCCCUGAUGACUGAUGAAAUAAAACUAUUUCUGUUCCGCUGUUGUAACCGUUACUGGUUCAGAUGACUAGAAAUAUGGUUUUUAUUUUAACCACAAUAUUCACCUUUUGUUUUAUUUCUUUUCUAAUAAUUAAAAUUGACACCCAACAUUUUGUGUGGUAAUAAUACUUCAUAAAAUACUCACUUUUGCUCACUUUAUAUCAGGAUCCGUAACUUUAGUCGGCACUUCAUGUUGACAUCAUUUUUUUGUGCCAUUCGCAGACACAACACAGAUGUUUUUCUUACUCUGAAUCAAACUUUUAUUUAUUCCUUUUGUUUUCAUUGACUCUCCAUCCUCUAAAGUAAAAGUCAGUGAAUGAGGCCCGAAGUGUUUUAGGCCAUAAAAAGAAAAAGUAACCGUGGACUUCUUCAAAAGCCUCCCAGCGAACAGAAACCCUUCAGGCUAAUAACAAGUAGCAGACAGAGUCCCAGCAGAGCUGAAUUCAGAGAACGACGUCAGUGGGAUGUGAUUAAACACUUCAGAAUAAGCCAGUAAGUGGAGAACACUUAAUCAGAUGUUUGUGUUCAGCUGUAUUUGGAACAUAAAAAGCUGGUUUGUGUCGGUUCAGGAGCUCUUUCAGAUCCUCUUUGACUUUGAAAUCCUCCCGACUCUUCGCUCAGUGUGUCUGUGACUAAUAUGUUUGAUUUCAAAUCGAUGUUUGGACAACCAUCAGCUGAUUUACAGUCCAAAUGACAGCAGAUAUGACCUCACCAUGUUCACUUUGUACUUGUUCACGUAGAGAAAACCUCCCAAACUCAUAUUUUUUAUGUUUUAUUCUGCUUCUCCCAAAGCCACCCGAGUGAUCUGAAGCACCGUUUUCAUCGCCAUCACUCGUCCAGCAGCCUCGGUCAUAACAGCUUCAAUCAGAACCACGUCCAGGACACCAACCUGCCGCUGGUCACGGAGGAGCACGAGGAGCACCAGGACAACAAAGGCCUCCAGUACGACCCGAAACAAGAGGUGUUUGUCAGCCUGUUUGUAAGUAACUCCAUCACAUUUUCCUUUACUCUAAGCUGUAAACAAAGAUCUGAGAGAAACGAGGUCUGGACGGUGAUAAAUUGUGACAUAGCUGAAACGGCGCAGGCGGACGGAGCUGUAAAUAAGAUUUGCCAAAGCCAAAGUAACCAGUUUUGACAGGACUCCACAAGGAUAAUUGAACUCAGCGAUCUAAAUGGACGGAGAUAAAAGCAGCGAUGCGGAGGUGUCUCGCUUCGGUUUAUGGUUUGAAUUAAGUUCUGAGAAUCAGCAGUUAGCGGAGAUUUAGGCAUGAUUACACUAAAGUCCUGAUGUGAGGCCUGUGGCUCUCGCAUUGUUCUUUGAAACACCCUCCAUGAGGUCAGAAGUCGUGUAGGUAGUUCUUGAAGUCGGAGAAAGUAAGCCUCCCCGCGCCACAUGUGUUGAAUUAUGUUCUUAGUCAGCUUACAGGUGCUUCUAGUUAAAGCUUCUUGAUGCAUUAGCUGUGAAAUCUUAAUGUUCCCCACGGCUUCAAAUGUUGGCAAAUUUAGCGCAGCCUAUUAAAAUCAGUCUCUUCAUGCUUGGAGGACCAGUCACUCCAGAUGAAUUAUUCUGGACCGUCAGAUUAGGAUUGUUUGCGCUGUAUCAUAGUGUCACAUCACGUUGGUUUAGAGCAGUAAUGUGGGUAAUUGUACUUCUGUUCUCCCUCCAAGAAAUCGCUCCACCCUCUGCCUCCCGAGAGCCAUCCGGCUGCGGCCAGAUCGAUGAAACUGCUCGCCAAGAUUCCCAAAGAUGCCGAGGCUGUCAUUGUUUUAGUUGGUAAGCUCUGAUGGUUUUGACAAAUUGCGUUAGUCAGAGGGAUUAUGUCUUUUAUUUUCUCCUUGUUUUGCAGAAAUUGUCGAGGGAUAAAUCUGUCGGUGGUAAAUCCCCUUCAGGAUUAAAAACAAAAAUAAAAUUAUAAAAUUACAUUACAGUGAAAACCGCAGGGAACAGCACUGCUAAAGAGAGAUACUGUAGUGUCUAUUCUGGUCGACUGUUAUUUCUAGUAGGGCUGGGCGAUAUGGCCUCAAAUCAAUAACGAUAAAUGGACGAUAACUACUCCACAAGCUGCUCACCCACUCCCACAUUAACUUCGUCUACUUCAGCCGCUACAACUUUUGAACCGUCCUCCAUCUCCUCACCUGUCUUUACCUCUUUGUUAAGGACUGGAUGGGGUGGAUUCACAUCCCCGACAUAGGACAGUGUCUUAACCCUCCUAUUAUUUGGGUGAUCUCGAUUAUUAUCCCUAUUUUUUUUUAACUGCCAGUUUUAAAGCAUCUGUACUUAAAACUAAAGAAUAAAUAGAUAAAUACUAAAUAAGAUGUUAAAUAACUUUUCUUCUCAACAAUAACAUCUUUGGAGGAUGACUCAAAGUCAUGGCUGACAUCUGUUUUACUGCCCUCAGAUCCACGUUCGGUUACUCUGUUUACUUCUCUGGCAACUUACAGAAGUGAGUAGGAAAAGCUGGACUCUGAUUGGCUGUUGUGAUGCACAUUUUCGCCAUGUUUGAUGGAGUAAAUAAGCUCACAGCUGACCACCGUGAUCGAACCGUGAUAAUCACCCGGUCCUAUCCUCAAAUAUAACUAACACAUUUUACCCUUUGGGUCAAUCUGACCCCAGGUAUAUUUCCCUCCAGAAAUUGAUUCACAUGCAAUUGUUGACCAAGAUUUUUUGUCCGGUGCGUUGUUUAUUUGUUGAGUACAUAAAUAACCUCUUAAGAAUGAAACCGAUCACUGAGUUGAUCUGUUCUCUAGCGCCACCAAACUUUUAAAGUAGAAUUAAUUGAUCUCUUAAAGUUUUCAUACAAAUCUUCUUAAAUUUACCGACAACCUUUAUGACCACAAGAGGAUGAACCCUACUGGUUAUGGUGAUAAUAUGACCUUCCCUGUAGCGCCACCAUCAGGUCAAACUUUCAGUUUUAGAUUUAGUGUAUCUUGAAAAUCUUUAAUCCAAUAUUUUUUAAACCUGGGAUGAACAUUCACGACUUUCAGAGGAUGAACCAUGUUGAUUAUUUUGCAUGAACUACCCAUGUUCUUGUGGGAAUAGCCCACCCUCCACAGCACAGGAAAUACAGUAUCAGUCCUACCUCAACAUGUGUGAGUAUAGUAGGUCACUCAUACACACACACACCUUCAUGCCCACUGUGUAGGAACGUUCUCAUGAAAAUAUUGUUAUUGCAAUAUUGCACCAAAAAUUGGUUAGCCAACUAUUUUUUUUUUUUUUGAUUAUUAACAUUAAAUGGGGUCAAAUUGACCAUAAGGAUAAUAGGAGGGUUAAAGGGACAUGAGACCAUAGCCUACCUACUCACAUCCAAAACCAACUUUUAUUUAUUUAUUUAUUUUGACGCUGAAUAUAUUGACCCGGGCAAAAUGACGUUGGUUACUGUUGUAAAUUUCUGUAUCGGUACAUUUUCGGUUUAUCGCCCAGCCCUAGUCUGUAGUGUUUUGAGUAGACAGUUACAUUCACUGUGAGUGUGUAGUUAUCUUGUGUACUUGUGAUAUCAGUUGGACACCCAUAAAGUAGAUUUGCAGCUGCUUAAAGUCAGACUCAGCUCGUGGGUGUUACUUUUUACACAGCUUUCCAGAAAAAGUCUCGUUCAAGACGUUCACAUGUUUCUGCUGUCGUUGCAUAACUUCACUUCCUUUGUUAGGGUGUGUCGAGUUCCUGGAGCAGCCGGCCAUGGCGUUCGUCAGGCUGAACGAAGCCGUCCUCCUGGAGUCCGUCCUGGAGGUCCCCGUCCCAGUCCGCUUUCUUUUCGUCCUGCUCGGUCCAAGUCAGUCCAACAUGGACUAUCAUGAGAUCGGACGCUCCUUCUCUACUUUAAUGUCCGAUAAGGUGAGUUUGAAACAGCAGAAAGUCUCAGAAAUGGAUCCAGAGCCGAGAGGAAACAAAAACACACAUGAGGAGUUGAAUAACCGAGCAGAGAUCUUCUUUCCUGUAAUUAAAUGCUAAAUAAGAAACUCUUCCCUCUUACACAGACCUUAAAAGUCCACAGUUACCUCAGUUUUGAAUAAUAAUUCUGCUCCUCUGAACUGUAGCGGUCUUCUAAUGAUGAGGUUCGAAUGUACCCCGUUGUAGAGUUUCCACGAGGUGGCCUAUUUCGCUGACGACAGACAGGACCUCCUGAACGGUAUCAAUGAGUUCUUGGACUGCAGCAUCGUCAUUCCACCCUCAGACGUGGAGGGCAAAGACCUCCUGAAGACCGUGGCCGACUUCCAGAAGCAGAUGCUGCGCAAGAGGAAAGAAAGAGAGCUGAAGAAGCAGCACUCAGCAGUCGGCAUCGAGCUGAACAACAAAGGUAGACUGUCGAGUCUUUUACCAGACUCUGUUUUCAGGCCAAAGCUGAAACGACCAGCUUUCAGUGAGAUGCCUGAGGUUCUUUAGAACAACAGAAGUGCCAGCUCAAAUUGGUCCCUAAAGACCAACAUCUUUAAACAAUACUCUGCUGUACCCGCCCUCUCUUCUGAGGGUUUGAGGCAGAUUUUUAUCGAAGCGUGUAACACAAAAAGUCCUGAACGACAAAGUCGCACACUAACCCACAAACUUGACUGAAUAGGUGUAAGACGAUACAGCAGCAACUUUCUAGACGAUCUCAAAUCAGAUAUGUGUCUGAGCUGAUUUGGAGAUACGCCGUUCAAAAGUGUGUUUGUGUUAGUUUGCAGGUUGCAGAGAGACGCUGCAGCUGCAUUAAAAACCUGUUGAUUUCAGACCUUAAAGGUGGGGUAGUCAGGAUCUGAGGAAGUUCCAGUUUUUGGGAGAAAUCUUGAAUGUAAACUCUACCCCUCCAAACCAGUUUUCCCCUCAGCUCCUCCUCUCCCCUCCCUCUCUGCUCCAGCAAGCCCCGCCCACAAACAGACGCAGAUAAACAAAAUUACCGCUAAUGGGGCCCAGUCAAGGUGAAAGUAAAAAGCAUUGGUGCUACUGUAGAUGCCAACAGACUACCAGCAAACACAAUGUUUGCAGGACUUCUACAACUAGGAUAAAGUGACAUACUCCAGGACCCGAGGUCAACAGUUUAGCGAUGGCGCUACAACACGCUACAGCAGGUCCGUUUGACAAGAAACACUUCUGUUACAGACACUUGUCUUACUUUGUUAAAGCGGUUUACCUGUCCAGCAGAAAGGUUACACGGUCACCAAGAUCCCGAAGUGUCCCUGAAGCAUUUAUACAUCAUUGAUGUUGACCCGGCUUUUUAGCUCUUGUAGUUUUAAUCGCCCGUUAUUCCUCCAGAGUCUCCGGUAUUUACUUCAUUUUCUUGCUUGUGUCGGCAGUCGUGGCCAAAGGAGGAUUCAGAGAAUUUUCCGAACUUUCUGGUUGGUUUCUACUGUCUGAUAUUGUAGCACGCUAACACUGGAAAUAAGGAAGGAAAUAACAAGUAACAAAUAAUAAAUAAAACACGGAAAUAACUUUUCAAAACUGUGAUAAGUGCAUCAAUACUGGCAGUUUUGAAAAGUUAUUUCCUUUCAUUUCUCACUAAACAACAUUUUCAUUGGGACUACUUUCUGCAGCGUAUUACUAAUCAGUAAUGUCGCUCAGGCCAAUCGCCUCUAACACUUUUUGAUUAAUUAAUUAACUCUUCAGAGGUGAGUCCAGAAGAGGAAGAGGAGGGCGACCAGGAGGUGGACCCUCUAAAGCGCUCAGGGAUCCCUUUCGGAGGCCUGAUCCACGACAUCCGCCGCCGCUACCCGCAGUACAUGAGCGACAUCAAAGACUCCUUGGACAUGCAGUGCCUCGCCGCCGUCAUCUUCAUCUACUUCGCGGCGCUGUCGCCGACGAUCACCUUCGGAGGCCUGCUGGGUAAACAGAAACGACAGUGAUAACAGGAAUGAAGGAGAGCGUCUUAAACCUGCGCUCUAAGAAUCUGUUUUUGUUGUUCGCACACUCAGGAGAGAAAACAGAGGGCAUGAUGGGAGUGACGGAGCUCAUAGUGUCGACUUCUGCUCUCGGAGUCAUCUUCUCACUCCUGGCUGGUCAGCCUCUCCUCAUCAUCGGCUUCUCGGGACCUCUGCUGGUGUUUGAAGAAGCUUAUUACAAGGUACUUUCUCUAAACACGAACGUCUGUGUUCCUCAUGAGAACUUUCUCAUCGUCUUUUUAUCAUGUCUGUAUUUUUUCUCUCUCAGUUCUGUCAGACCCACAACUUUGAGUACCUGACCGGUCGGGUGUGGAUCGGUUUCUGGCUCAUCUUCAUCGUCCUGGUGAUCGUAGCGGCAGAGGGAAGCUUCAUGGUUCGCUACAUCUCACCCUUCACCCAGGAGAUUUUCGCCUUCCUCAUCUCCCUCAUCUUCAUUUAUGAGACUUUCUCCAAGCUCUUCAAGGUCGUUUUCUCUCACGCUGUUAGAAGAAACUCUCCUAAACACACGCCGGAGCUGGAGUUAACCCUCCUCUUCUCUUUUCUUUCUUCUAGGUGUUUCAUGAACAUCCACUGAUGGCCAUAUAUCCCACUGACUCCACCCCAGCCACCGGGCUCAGAGACUACGACGGCCCCGUCUACAACCAGCCCAACACUGCUCUCCUGUCUCUGGUGCUCAUGAUGGGAACGUUCUUUGUCGCUUUCUUCCUCAGGAAAUUUCGAAACAGUCGGUUUCUUGGUGGCAAGGUAAGGAAACCACCUUCACACACGUUAUAAACAAAGUCAUGUUGACGUUGUUUUUGACUGAAAUCCAUCGUCAAGAUAUUCCUCUCGUAUUGCGAACAAAAAUAAGUCCGUCCUUCAGUUGGAGAUUCUGGGGCUGCCUCCAUUUUUAACCAUUUCCAACAAGCUCCAAAUACAUCGGACCAAUCAGAGCUCUUUAUCUAGAAAUCUGGUAAUAAUGACACCAGAAUGAAUUUGAUGAAAUACUGUUUUUCUCGGUUUAUCAUAAGCUGAGUUGCUCUUAUUGGUUGUAGGUUGAAAAAGAAGUGAACGUAUACAGACCAUAGACUGUGUACUCAUUGGUUCUCUAAGCAGAGAAACUCUUCAUCUUCAGUCUUUUAGUCUUUGGUGAUUUGAAUCUGUAUUUGGAGUUUUGUCUCAACUCUUUGGGAUUCAGAAACUCUAAAAGUCCAAAGUGGUUUCAGAGAAAUUUCGGAGCUGUUUCACUUUGUUUUUCUUUUCUUCUUACCUUCAGGCCAGGAGAAUCAUCGGGGACUUCGGCAUCCCCAUCUCAAUCCUGAUGUCAGUGCUCGUGGAUUAUGCCAUCACAGAUACCUACACUCAGGUCAGUAACAUGUUGAUUUUUCUUGUUAUUUUUAUAACAGCUUCUAUAAUUCAGCCCCGUUCCUCCUUCUUUAAUACUUUAUUUCUAGAAACUGGACGUGCCGUCGGGCUUCUCCGUCACCUCUCCUGAUAAGCGCGGUUGGUUCAUCAGUCCGUUUGGCGACAAGCAGCCGUUCCCCACCUGGAUGAUGGGAGCUUCUAUUGUACCUGCGCUUCUGGUCUUCAUCCUCAUUUUCAUGGAAACUCAGAUCACUUCGUACGUACUCAAGAUUAUCUUCAGAGGAAAUUCAACAUUUAACUUUCAUGACUAACUUUCACUGAUGUUACCGUUUUACUCCAACCUGUCAGACUCAUCGUCAGUAAGAAGGAGCGUCGGCUGGUCAAAGGCUCGGGCUUCCACUUGGAUCUUCUUCUCAUCGUCAUCCUCGGUGCCAUCUGCCCUCUCUUCGGUCUGCCGUGGCUCACCGCCGCCACCGUGCGCUCCGUCACUCACGUCAACGCCCUCACCGUCAUGAGCAAAGCCACGGCGCCCGGCGAGAAACCCAUGAUCCAGGAGGUGAAAGAGCAGAGGCUGACGGGGCUCAUCGUGGCCGUUCUUGUUGGUAAGUUUGCGAUACCCAGCACAAUUUAACCUGACCGAGGUUCAUAGUUUUAGUCCAAUAAAUGAGAACUGGAGUGUUAUGACGUGCUUUAGGUCCAGUAGUCAGAUAUGGAGACUGGGAAAAACCAAAGUGCCGAGGGUCAAACCUGGGUAUCUCCAACCUCCCCCCACCCCACAAAGAGCACAUAAGUCUUCACCAAACACUACGUUUACAUGACACUCAAGAAAACCCAAUUAUUGCCUUAUUCUGAUUAAGACCAAACAUCUGAAGUGCAUGUAAACACCUUAGUCUGACUAAAAUCGGAGUUUGAAAACUAUUAAGAAACUAUUAAGACACCCAGAAAAUGCGAUUGGAAUUCGAUUUUCUCUACCAUGUAACCGGCGUAGUCGCAGUAUGAUGGACAAUGCAUAAGCGCGUGUGUCACGCCCCCGUAACCCUGUAGCAAAAACACCAGAGAAGAGGAGUAAAAAGCAGCGUGUCCAUCAUGUACAACAAAAACAAUGCUGUACGAUGCUCCAUCUUUUGUUGUAGCCACUUCUGACAUCUGACACGGACUUGCUGUUGUUGUUGACGGUUAUAUGGCGAAAACAGCGCCACUGCAAAGACCCAUAUCGCCCCCUAGUUUUGGGGAGGAGGAAACGUUUUCGUCAGUAAUUUAAUUUUCUCAGCUGCAUGUAUACGCAGACAAGGAGAGAAGUCCAAUUCAGCGAAAAAAAUGAAUUAUGAGUUUAGUCUGAUUAAGCUGUGCUUGUUAACGCACUGGCCGUUGCUGUAGCGACACCAUAAUCAGAAACAGGAAGUAGUAUUUUGAAGAGGCUAGAGUCACCAAACCUGGUGCACAGGAGCCAGAGGGAGCAAUGCCACUUCUGAUGCAGGUAAAAUUGUGGGCGUGGCCAAUUGCAGUCUUUAAGCCACACCCACAAUUUUCAAAAAUUCGUAGAAACUCGCAUGUUUAUCUUUGGAAGAUGUGCAUUCAUGGAGCAAACUGCACAGAGGUGGCCUGUGAUGGAGUUCACCUCAAACAUAAUACUGAUGUGAUGUUGAUAACAAAGGAUUCUUGUUGUAUUUGAUAAUCCUGAACACUUUUUCAGCUCGCUGUUAUAAUAGUUGGAGCUCCUACGUGUCCGGGCAUUCACUGAUCAUGAACAUACUCAGAAAUGAUUUUAGAUCCUGUCCACGAAUCUGGAUCGGAACGACCCUCACUUUCGCCCGUCAACAGCUUUUUUUUCCAAACGAAACCGGCUCUGCAUGUCUGACAUUUCAACAUAUUCUCUCUGUUCUGGCGAGCUCUGUUUUUCCAGCAGAAUAUCUUGUUUCAAUUAAGGUGGUUCCCAAAGACGUCCUAAGUAUAGUUUAAUCCAGUUUGGGUACACAACUAUUAUGACUCACCGAGAUUGUUGAGCUUUUAUUUGAUUGAAAUGCUGUUCAGAUCAGGAAUAAGGCCUUUUGGAUUAGCUCAAGUAGUGUUUUAACUAAGUCAGCUGAGGAGUGGAUAUGUUUCAAAUAAACAGUAAUUACAGCCUGUUUAUCAUGAGGGCUGCUCCCAUGCUGGAUGAAUAAGUCUCCACACUGUUGUAUAUUUUUCUGCUGAAUCUGAAAACGAUCUGUAAUCACUCAAAAACCGCGUCUUUAACCACGUUUUUCUCUCUGUCAGGUAUGUCCAUCGUGAUGACGGACAUGCUCCGCCUCAUCCCUCUGGCUGUGCUCUUCGGGAUCUUCCUCUACAUGGGGGUCACCUCUCUGACGGGCAUCCAACUGUACGAGCGCAUCACGCUUAUGGUCACGCCCGCCAAGCAUCACCCCGACCACAUCUACGUCACCAAGGUAACACAAUAAGCAACAGGAAUGUUUGCGUGCCCUCGUCUUCUGUUAUUAGUGGUGAGAUGGAGAAGCCAAAGAGGAGCCUGAGUGAUGACUGCAGCAAAGUUCAGGCUGGGUCGUAUCUCGGUUUGGUUGAACUUUCUGAUUAUUUAGACUCUUUUCUACGCGCUUCAUGAUCUCUACUCUUUCUUCUACUUCUGUGCAGCUCCUUUACAACAAAGAUGGAGACAGGAAACUGAGAUUUGGCUUCAGCUUUUCUGUCUGAUCAUCAGUCCUUGAAUUGUCUUCAUAUUGUUUAUUUUAAUGGUCUUUGUUUAUCCAGCUUAUUGCGAUGUGAUUGUAAUUUAAGCCGCACUUGCACACACAGACCAAAGAGAAUAAAUAACCUGGCAUUUGCACAGAACAGUAAGUUUCCACCGGAGUUUUGCAGCUGGCAAAUUCAGGUUUCUCAUAAAUUCAUGUUGUCUGAACUGGUUCAAAGAGUUUGCACAAGCUACAUGUAGUUAUGGGACUUAUUAGUAAAUAACUUGAAUUAUUAAGCAGAAAGAGGUUGAUAUUGAAAGAUAGGUAUGCAGCAUUUACAGUUAGUCUUCAUCCAUGUUUAUAUUUGCAAAAUUUCUUGAUCCGAUUAAAAAUUUGAGGGAUCUGAUAAUCUGAUUCCACUGUUUCUAUGGGCGCAAAGUCAAAUAACCCGAUCAUGACGUGCGUAUUCAUACAAGUUUUAUUCAGAUUAGAAGCAUUUGGACAUGCGCAGAGUUGUCUGAUUUCGCUUAAACAACCGCAGAAGAAGAAGAGUUGUAUUUAUGCCUGUGCUGUCAACAAACCAACCAUCUAAUUCAGGAGUUUUCUUCCUGUUAAAUGUUGUCACUAGAUGGCGCCUUUGCGUACUUAUCUUACUGUUCUGUCAAAGGUUGCUCUGUGCGUGUAGAUGUGACAUCAUUACGCUGUAUGUACGCCUUGUUAUGUUACCAGAAGAGCAGACAUGGCAUCUGUGGUUGGCGAUAUUUUUUUUUUCAUAGAAUGGUAGGGGAAAGUCCCGCCUCCUUUGCCUCUGAUUGGCGAGAAAAGCUGGAAAAGUCAUCACAUGCUCAAUCCGAGCGCGGGCUGUCGGCUCUGUACAUCGAACAGAACAUUACAGAACAUUAUGACCCUCACCCUAACCCGACAGACGAUGACGUUUCACAGCCAUAAGGAAUAACCAAUCGGAGCCCAGCAUUUCUAGCCAAUUAGAGGCGAAGGAGGGAGGGACCUUCCCCACCUACAAAAAAAAUUCGCCUGCAGUUGUGUUUUGUGCCAGAAUGUUAACAAUGAAACCUCCUGAACUGACCUCAAUGAAUAAGCAAAAGGCUAAAGAGUGAAGAUUGAGUCAGGUAAGAGAGUCACGAUCGGAAUCAGUCUUUACAUUGACACGUUUCGGAAUAAAGAUCGGCAUGAACCACCCCUCUCAAUCGGAAUACAAUUUCUUUCCGAUUGAGCCAAAUUGGAUCAGAAUCUUUCAAUCGACAUGUUAACAUGACCCUUUUUUAUUCCGUUCGGACAUUUAUUCCGAUUAUUUGUGCCCAUGUUAACGCAGCUAGGGGAUGAGUUCAAACUUAGACCAGUUUGAACGCUGUCCUGACAUUUUCAGGGUUGCUGAAAAGUUCAAACAGAAGCAGAGAGCAAAGAGCAACUAAGAGGAGCAGAGUCUUGCACUAGCGCUUGUGUACAGGCAACACAUCCUGUGCAGUCACAUCUACAAUGUGAUGUUUGUUCUUGCCCAGUUUUGAUAGUUUGCAGUGAUGUUUGACUCGGGUUCGAUCUGAUUUUGCUCCUGUUUUCUUCAGAAAGAGAAAGUAAUUGAGCCGGGGGACUCGAGACUCACUCCAAAUCAACAAGAACAACCUGAUAUGUAAUCAAACACCAAUGUAAACAUACUUAUAAGUACAUUAUAUUCCAUUUCUACAAGUGUGUUUUGUGAAACAUCACUCACUGUACCUUUAAAGAGAUCUCUUCAGAGUGUGAGUGAUGGUAGACUACACCCAGCCUCUUUGUUCAGAGCUAUAAAAGUGCUCUUUAAGUUUAUCUGAAGUAAGACAAAUGAUGUGUUUUAUCCAAACUUGGUGAUUUUAUUAUAAAAUUCCCUCCUUUGUUUUCGUUCGACUCUUACGGCUCAGCCAAGAGACACUUGUCUUUGGGAGCGUUCGGAGGGAAUUUCAUGUGAAAGAGAUUCAACACAUUAUCUUUGAAUAAACGUAUGAAUACAUUUUUCCACUGCUCAAGAGCUGGAGAUCAACUCUCGGUUCACUCCCAUUGGACGGCUGUUCAAAAGGGAUCUUUGUGUUGUUUAUACUGACCAUUAAAAUCAUUUGAUGAUAAUUCGUCCAAGGAAUUUUAUUAGACAAACUUCUGAUGUGAUGAAGGAAAAGUAGAAGUUUGUUUUGUAUCCUUUUACCAUUCGAUCGUGGUAACCAAACCUUAUACAAGAAUUGAAAAUAUACAAUGGUUUCGACUUAGAAACAGCCAAACAAGAGCAGGAACAACUGUAUACGUACUCUGAGUGGAAAACAAAAAAUGGAAACUUCACUGUUUAUCACACGGCGAAAAAGUAGCUCAAGUUUCAACCAACAUAACUAUCAUAAUCAAACUUAUUACACUCACGAUAAGACACAUCAAAAGUUUAAAUUCUUACUGAUACCUUCUCAGGACUAUCAGGACAAGAUUCAUAACUUUAGUGUUGUUAUUUUUAAGACCUGUGACCAGAACGAGGCGACAGGUGAAACAUCCCUGUUUUUAUAGUUUCCUCAAAAAUAUUCACCAAAAGAAAAAGUGAGAUUUUCAGUCAGAGGACAUUAUCUAAGCAUGUAUGUGACAGGAUUAGCAAAGACUGCUUUGUCCACAGGGGGGCGCCAAAACUGACACAAACUGAAAAUUCCUUAAAAGAGCUUUAAUCAGUAAAAUGUACUUUAUUUUAAUUUAUUCAAACUUACCUAAUCAAGAAAAAUUUAUGUAAAGCUAUAUGAAGGUCCUUGUAAUAAGCAUGUAAUUAUAGUUCAUAAGCAACUAAUAAGACCUUAUGAGAUGUUAAUGAACAUUAAUAAGUGUUAUUAACAUCUAUUAAUGUUUAGAAUCCUAAUUAACACAUUUAUCAUUGUUUAUAAGUCACAAUUGGAAACUUGUCAACAGUGUAUGUAUCUGCCACAUAUAGGCCACCUAUAAAACCUUAUGGGAUGCUUACGAACUAUGACUCUUAAUAGUUGAAAGACUUUUUUUAUUUUAAUUAGACGUCUAUAUGACAUGAACAGGCUUAUCAAGGUUAUUUAAUCCUUUGUUUCCUUUCAGCUCUAGCACAGAAUCACACACUUUGACAUACUUUGUGAAAAAAAAGAAACAUUUCAAGACUUACUUAAAAAGGGACAGAAAGCAAAGACUAGUCUGUUAACUGUGUAUAUAAUAACAUCAUAUGAAUCAGAGGGAAGCAGGUGAAGAAUCGCCAAACUUCAGAGCUUCAUGGUGAACAGUAUCCUUUUCUUUGCUAAUAUUAUGUAAAUUAAGUUUAUAGAAUGGAGAAUCGUCAAUUAAGAGUCCUAAUGCGACACAUUUUCCCUAAAAGAGGCUGUUUUAUCUCAGAAACCAGAGCAGAAGCUUCAUUUUUGAGUUUAUUCUGGAGCUGAGUGCUCAGGGUGGAGCUCGAUCUCAUUUCUUGCAUAAAUAGAUUAAUUACAGCUGAUGUUAUUAUAGAUACAGUGAUCAACUUUUCUCAGAAGUGACAAAACAAACAUUCAUCACUGAAUAUGUAAAACGUGCAUUUGAUUAAGUCAGUUUAGAUGAAAAUGUACCAAAAAUUAGCAUGUAAGGAUGAUCUUAGAUACCAACCCUGACACAUGAACCUCUCCUGCACAAACCUGAAGAACUGAAAUCAGGUUUUGUUGAAUUUGAAGCCCUUUGCACUGAGCCUAAAAACACACAGAAAACUACCUCUUGUGCAUUUAUUCCAAGCCAAUAGUUGCAGGAUUGUCCACUAGAUGGAGCUAAAACAUUCAGGAUUUUCCUCAUGAAGGGAGAACUUUGGGAUUCAGUUCAAUCUUUAUGUGAAUCUUAAAGUAUAUCUGAGUGUAAUAUGCCUGUUUGUCUGUUAAAGCUCAUGAGACACUGUGUUCAAUCCCCACAUUUGUGUUCCUGCAGGUGAAGACAUGGCGUAUGAACAUGUUCACCAUGUUCCAGCUGGGAUGCAUCGUGGCUCUGUGGGUAGUGAAGUCCACCGUGGCCUCCCUGGCGUUCCCCUUCGUCCUCAUCAUGACGGUGCCGCUGCGACGCCUUGUCCUCUCCAGGAUUUUUGAGGAACGUGAGCUGCAGGCGGUAGGUUUUGGUAGCGGAGACCGUCCAGGAAUGUUUGAAUCUUUGCCACAAGAAUGUGAAGCCAAACAGCCUCCGGAUACGUAUUUCACAGCAAAUUUAACAUCAGAUGGAUGUUGGCGUGUUGAUGUAUCUGCCUAACAAUCCAGAAAAGAAAUCCUGCAAAUGAACUACAAAUGAUUUCCUCCCCUGUGAUCACGGAGGGAAUCUCAUCCAAAUAUUUUUCAGACGAUAUGCAAAUAUUUCUUUUUGCUCUAGGUUGAAACCAGCGGGAGUUUCACCGUCGAUCCCGAGGCAGGGCUGCUUGUUUUCUUGGUUAGAUCCCCCAAAACCCGUACAUGUCAGCACUGUGACAUUAAAACCUUCCCUUUCCAAAAUGUCAAUUUAUUCAGGAGCUAGAAUAAACAGCCGGCUUCUGACCUGACCACCAUUCAUUGAGUGUUCAUCCAGAGGUCUCAUGAACCCAAAGCACUGCAGGGCUGCUUCAACGCAGACAUUCAUACCUGGAAGUGUUUCUGCAGGAGACCUUUAUUAUGUCUAUUUUAGCAGGAGAAGAUGUUGCAGGGAUGUUUUACCUGCACCGGAUCGCACCUUCUCUACAGCACAGCAAGACUUUCAGAUCCCUUAAAUGUGUCUGUGCCUGUGUGCCAAGAGAAGGAAUAGUAUUCAGCUAGUUUAAUAUGGAACUGUUUUUGCACUUGAGUUUUUAAUUUGUUGGAUAAAUUAAAUUUAAAACACAUUUUAACUGUCUUUAGAGUAAGCGGCUUUUAUCAGUAAGUGGUUAAAAAUGCAGGGAUGGCACAUAAAGACAUUGGCGGCAAUUUCGCUUUGCAGAGUAAAUACUGAGGUGAGACUAGAGAGAGAGAGAGAGAGAGUGACGCAACUGCAGAGACACGGUGUUACAUACUGCUGUGACUCAUCCACCAGAUUUUAUGGUAGAUAAGGGGCGGCUGCGGCUCAGUGGUAGAGUUGGUCGUCUUCCAACUGGAAGGUCGGGGGUUUGCUCCCAGGUCACGCUGUCCACAUGCAGAAGUGUUCUUGGGCAAGACGUUUGACCCCACCCGCCCCCACUGGCUGCACCCGCUGAUGGUGUGUGAAUGGGACUAGUCAAGAACUGAUGGGCUCUGUAGACAGCAACCUCCACCAUCAGAUUGUGAAUGUGGUGAAUCAAGGCUCAUGGUGUAAUAGCGAUACGAAUUGGUGAGUUGAAUGUUGCUAGUAGGCUAACGCGAAGUUGAAUCUGCUAGCUUCUGUAGUGAUAUUCCCAGGCUCGGAUACUUUUAUGAUUUAAGCCCUGAAAUGCAGGUCAAAUGUUAUACUUUGAUUGUUUUCUGAUGGUUUUCUUGGAGUGCUGUGGUUGGGAUUUAGUCCCUUCAGAGCCUCCUGAGUCAGAAAAAGUCCCACAAACCCCUCUGUUCACAGGAUAUUAAAGGGAUAUUCUGGUGUAAAAUUGAGUCAUGGUCAAACACACUGUAACACCGAGUUAGACACCCUGCCGAGAGAUGAAUGUUGCCGACCGCUUUCUUCUCUAGUUAUACCAACUCAAUUAACAACCACAGGAUAGCAAUAAAGAGCCACAUGCUCAACCAAAACGCCACUCUAUAGCCACAAAUGAUACUCAGAACAGCACCUAACUUCAUCAACAGGACAUAUAGGGUCCUAGCCAUAGUACUAGACACCAAACAUCUUUUUAACUUUGACUAAUUUCUUUAACAAAGAGACUAAACACAACUCACCUACUCUCUUCCAGCAGCCGCUUGUUUGUAGUGAGACCUCAGGCCAGUCUAUUACGGACUACAGUGGGGUGUCGCAGCUCAAGGAAGAACAUUUAUGAUCAUUUCUUUAUAAUUUCCUUGAAGUAAUAAUCAUCACAUUAAUCAUUUUGCACUGCAGACGCGGUAGUUCUUCUGCCUUAGCUCUCGGUCUGAUUGCAUUUCUAUGAAGAAAUGAUCAUAAAUGUUCUUCCUUGAGCUGCGACACCCCACUGUAGUAGAUGGACUCGCCCAGAGGUCUCCGUACAAACAAGCGGCUGCUGGAAGAGAGUAGGUGAGUUGUGUUUAGUCUCUUUGCUAAAGAAAUGAGUCAAAGUUAAAAAGAUGUUUGGUGUCUAGUACUAUGGCUGUGACCCUAUAUGUCCUGUUGAUGAAGCUGAUGGUGUGUUUGACCCUAACUUAAUUUUACGCCGGAAUAUCCCUUUAAUUCUAAGCUUGAGGUGCAUCAAAAUCUUAAAUUUGUUAUCUGUUUGUGUUUUUUGCAGCUUGAUAGCGACGAGGACUCCCCCAACUUUGACGAAGACGGACGAGACGAGUACAACGAGAUCCACAUGCUUGUAUAGAAUAUAAAAAAUCGGACCUCGCCUGUCGGACUUCCUCCUCCAUCCACCAGCUCUGACCAAUCAGAGCGAGCCUCUCUGCCGAUCUCUCAGCAGAGCAGGAGGAGCUACUGAAGUGGUGUUUAUAAAAUACUCAAAAGAAUCUGGAUCCACAUCUGGAUGACCACUUUUUACCCUCGUCUAGUCCAGUCUUUUUUGUGUCGUUUUAAACCUCCCUGAAGAUUUAAUUAUGUCAGAGGCCAUAAAAAAAUAACGACCACCUGAAGUGGACGAUGCAAACAAAGAAAAAAGUAACUUAUACGAACAUUAUAAUCUCCUUUUUAUCCUAAAUAUCCCUUUAAUUACUCUGCAGGUUGUGGGCAUAAGUGCAAUGUUGAUGGGGACCUUAACGACUACAUGAAGCGGGGUAAUUUCACCCUCAUUUUUGCCUGAAGGAGGGGAACCAGGGUCAAUUUGCUCACAUUUAAGCAGAUUUUCAUCAAAAGUCAUAAUAUUUCGGGCUAAAUAUUUCACCCUAAAUCUCAAAGCCCUGAAAUCUACUGCCUCUGUAAGCUAGCUGCCAGAUUUCCUUUGUACCACUGCCGUUUCUUCGUGCAAACAAGGAGUUAAACCGUCCUUUUCCUUUCUGCACAGACUUCUAGUAAUGAGCACUUUGACUGGGCAAAAGUUCACUUUUGUCGCGGCCAACCCAGCUCCCCUGGCACAAAGCCUCCUCCCUAAAUGUAGUCUCCCCUUGAAGCCAAAAUCCCUCCAGAGACUGCGAGCCUCCUCACUGGGUGUUACUGUACUUUUGUUAGGUGUCUACUACCCAACAUACCGGUACUCUUACCCCCUUAUUGUUACCUUGGAUGUAUACUGUAAGUAAAUAGCUAACAUGGUCUAAACCUUAUUUUUCUACUUUGUUGUACCUAUUUAUUUUGUGACCUUUGGACUUAAUACCAGAUUCUUAGUGGUGUUUAGACUCCAAAUACUUCUAGCUCUACCAGUGUAGAAUAAAAAGAACAUUGUGUAGGUUGACACAUUGAAAACAGAAAAUGUCAUUAUUCACCCACUCUUUCAUCUCUCUGCAGUUUUUUUUUUUCCAUGGCAUGGUGCAUUUUUCACACAUGUCAUCAAUAAUAUAAUAACACACUCAAGUGGAAAAGCAUCGAAACUAAGCAAACACACAAGCACUGAAAACGCAGGGGAACAGUUGAGUGUUGGCAGGAUGUAUGAAUGAUGCAUUGUACAGUACCACUGUGAGCUUGGAAUUAUAAUGUACCAUCUGUGUUCGGAGUUGUUUUGAAAUGCCCAGAGAUUCAGUUUUCACCUCCUAUAUUUUCGAGCCCGCUAUAGAAUUUUAAUUACCAUUCAGCUGUGACACUUCAGCAUUUUCAGAAAGACAAAAACACCAGUUGUCAGAUACAGUACAGAGGAAUUACACAUGAUUUUUUCAUGAGAGGCCUGUGCUGUGUAGGGGACAGCGUUCAACCGCAGACUGUAAAUACGACGUGGACACAGCCUCCCGGGGUUCAAAAGUGAGGCCAAAGUGAAAGUGCCUUUAACCUGCUUUAUUUUUAAUAGCCACAAGGGGGCGACGCUGAGAAUGGCUGAGCAGAAGAGGGUGAAAAAGGACCUUAAUUCAGGUUUGAGACAUGCAACCAUUGCGUUGUUCCCGGUGUGUGAGGACCUUUACCUCCACAGGAUAGAGGUGUAUGGAUUCGUACCUGGAUCUAAAAUAUAAGAUUGCUUUAGCCAGCUUGUAGAAUUACAUCUGCCCCCACAGUCAGUAUAACUCAAUUUGGCAACUCCAUUUAAAUGCGUACGUUACUGCAAACUGUUCUCAGAGGUGACCAAUUUUCUGCUUUCACCUUUACUGAUCAUGUACCUUUACAUCAUGUGGAAGAACUUGAGAAGUUUUCAUCUACUGACUUUAACUUUAAGACUUCAUGUAGAGUCCUUCUGUUUGAGGGCGGACACUUUGCAGGACCUGAGAUAGUCCUCAUGAUUGGAUUGAUAAUUCUCACUGAGCAUUUUUUGGUCUAAAAGGAGGUCUAAUAGACGUCUAAAUGUGGCCUAGACGACUGGUCUAAAAUCAGGCUACCACAGGUCUAAAAAAGAAAGUUUUCUUAGACGUCUAAAUUUAGACCAAGUUUAGACUAGCCUCAACGGCUACCAAAAUUAUUUUGGUUAAGUACUUGGAGAUCAGUUAUGCAACUCACAGUUGCUUUUUGAAAUAAAUAGUUAUCGAAAAACGGAUUAAAGUGCAACGUGUAAAUUCCGUCCAAAAAUAUACAGAAUCUAGGUGGUUGAAAUUAGGUCUACAAAUAAACCUAGACGUCUAAUAGCCAUCUAUUGCUUAGUGGGUAUUAUAAUUACGUUGAAGGUGUUUUGUAGUACAUCACCAGGCGAGUUAACAGAUUUUGUACCUAACGUCAUUUGCAUAGGAAAGCUAAAAUCCGCCGUUUGACUUCUAGGUCAAAGUUCUGCACGUGCAGAACUCCAGGGCCAGUUUAAGGCCAAUUGUGGUUCGUACGUGCAAGAUAACACUGAACUGCAUCAAAAAAGAUCUGCCAGUCCUGAUAUGAGAAUUCACAGUCAGGCUAACAUGUUUACAUGUGUUUAAAGUCCAGAUUUAUUAAUGCACAAAGUGGCUGUGUGCACCUCUAUUAUACAGUUUACGGUCGACACAGACAGAAUCAAUGAGAGGAGGCCUUUGGGAAAAAAUACUCUGACAACUCUGUGUCAACUUUUUUAAACAUGACGGUGAUAAAGUUCAGAAAAAGAGGAGGCGCUUGGACCACUCAACUUUUUGAGCUCUGUUAAAAACAAAUCACUGGAAAUGGUGGAUUAUUUUAAAUACAGCCCAUUUUUAAAAAGCAGAAAAUUACCGCAGAAAUCUCUCCACCCUUCAGAUCUUUUAUUCCCAUUGUUCGCCUUUAACUGUAUCUGCUACAAUGGACAAAGUAGUGUAACGUUUGAAUCAGUGAUAAAUACAGUGUUUCUGCUGAGAAGUUUUGUAAAUAGAUGUAAAAUAUAACAAAAAACUCAUAUAUUCAUAUAUAUUUGUAUUUACCUGAUAACUAUGAUUACUUCUGCAGACAUACAAUCAACUGAAAACACGCUAAAAAAGCAAAAAUGACACAUGGUGACAUUAAAAAAAAGUAUAUUGAAAAUCAAAAAGGGCGCUCUGAGAGAUCAGCGGUGUCGCGGCGUGUUUUUGGCGUGUCUUAUUUCCCGUUACCAUGCCCUACAUUACGAGCCAUGCAGGAAUUCUGUCUCAGGGGAAACUGACCUUUGAUCUGUAAAUAUUGCUUCCCAGCCUUUCAGUUUGUUGUCUCCUUUGUGUACAUAAAGCGGUCAAGGCAAUCCAACACUUGCGAUGUAAAAAUAUAUGGCUUACAGUCGGGGCUUUUGUGUCGGACAAAAGCAAAAAGGAGGUCAAGUGACGAGAAUGAUGUGUUUACUGGAGAGCAGUCGGAUGGAAUUCAAACUGUAAAUUAAAACCUUUAUUUUCCCUCCAUUGUCCUCCGUGAGCCCACGUCUGAGGCGAUACUUUGAUGUGAAGCAUGCACCUGCUGCGGUCUGUGUUUAAUUCUGCAGCUCCUCCAGUUAAUGAGUUACUGAAUGUGCUUUUCAUUAGCACCGUUAAUGGACCUCCUCAACCACACGUGGAUGUUUCAGGGUUUACAAAGACUUGAAUGGUAACCUUUAGGUGAAGAUAACUUAUUGUUGUCUCUAUUGUACACGGCCGCACUGUGUUCAUGACAUGAAUGAAUGUAAAUGUUCAGCUGUCUGUUAUUUUCAGGCAUGUGGGUCCAACAUACGGAGCUCCGCGAGGGACAAAAGUGAUGGUUGAAUGUCAACGACGCUUCAAGAAGCACACCGGAGAGAUAAUGUGUUAGACGUAUGCACACAGUUGUUACCAAACUUUCUGAAACAAACUAACAAACUAUUUCAACGGCAUCAAAUUUUAUUGUGUCUGCUUCAUUGUGUUUCUUUGAAAUAAUAAUGUCACCGAGUAUCCCCACAGGAUUGUCUGAAAUGAUUGUCUUUGUCAUAGAGCUCUCUGCCCUUUUCAAAGAAUUAAAUUGUAGUUUGAAAAUGGAC